CGGGGCGCAGGGCCGUGACGCGCGUGUUGUGAAACCCGACCCAGCUUGAGAAGAGGCGGGAUUCCGCCCAGUGCUGCUGCUGCUGUCAGGCUGUUGCGCGGCGCGCGUGGGGACCGUGGAAUUCGCCGGAGCUCUUUCCACUGCGCGGCAGCAGAACCAGGGGAGGCGAGAUAUUGGAAGGAGCUUCCUGCCGCUCUUACUCUUAAUAACGCGGUUCUUCUCUGCUAGCGGCGGCAGCUCCUUGCUGGUGCGUUGCAGGCGGUGCUGCGGAGCCCCCAGCGCAGGGACUGCGGCGGCGGCGCUGCUGCUGCCGAAGGAGGGAUGGAUGUAGCGUCGGAGUUGUACUACCUGGCCGUCCCGCUGCUCUUCACCGUCUUGGCCGUGAUCCUCGCCUCGGUCUUUGUAAAGCUGAGGACCGGCUCGGAGGGCGACAAAGCGGCGGCGGCCCCGGGAGGAGGCGAGCCCCGAGAGGCCGCCGAGGAGAGCGCUGCGGUAGAGCCGGCGGACGGGGCAGAGGGCGGCGAAGAGGGAGCGGAGGAGCCGGGCGCAGCGGGGCCUCCCCGGCUUCCUGAGGAGGGAGGCGGGGAAGUGAAGGGCGAGGGGAGAAGGCGCCGCGAGGAGGAGGAGAUCGGGGCUGCCGAAGAAGAAGGGGACGAGGAGGAGAAAGAGCCGAGCCAGGAGAGAGGCGCCGAGGAGGACGAGGACGCCGCCGCCUCUAGGACUGCCCAAGCCGGACAGCAGAGCCACCCGCAGGAGGUCAAGAUCCUCAGCCAGGCGGCGGCGGCUGUCGCUGCAGCUCCGGUGGCGGUAGAAGAAGAGCAGGAGGAAGAGGAGGAAGAAGAGGAGGAGGAAGAGGAGGAGAGCAAGGUAAAGGAGAUGCUACUGGGGGAGCCAGGGAGAAGUGUGUGCUUGGAGUCUUGUAAGAUCCAGGUGUGUGUGUGUGUGUGUGUGUGUGUGUGUGUGGAAGGGAGCCCGAGAGUCAUCUAGUCCAACCCCCUGCAAUGCAGGACUCUCCACUAAAGCAUUCCUGUGUGUGCAUAUAUAUGUAGAUCGCGGAGCUUUUGCAUUUUGUGCGCGUUUGCCUCGACUUGUGCAUGUGAGCCAAGCCGGUGACUUGAACUGUGCGAGUAUUUGGUGGGGAGGUCAAUGCGCUCUCCUUCCUUUCCUUCGAAAGGCCGAGCGAAGCCUCCCGCCGCAGCCAAUCAAGGCGCGGAUCGCCUCCUCCCGAGGACUCCCCUCGCCGCACCUCGCCUUUGUUGCUCUGCGUUUCGUGCCCAUUCAGCAUUCCAGGCAACUGGCGGGCGCAGCUCCAGGGCGAUGCCACGUUCCAUGCAGUGCUAUUACUUCUAAUACUUGCCCUAGCCCGCAUCCUGGAAAGACCGCGAGUCAAAGAGGUAAUAAACGGGGGAGAGCCAUCCAGGACCCUCGAUCUCUUGACAGCAUCAACCCAAACUUUGAUUGUAACAAACGAGCUGCCUUGGUUUCACUCUUUGUACAUCCCAGUGCAUCUAUAAAAGGGAGACCCCGAAAAGCUUUCCAUCCCCUUCUCUCCCAUUUGUGUAACUGGCUCAGGAAGCCCACCUGUUGCUUCAGGAAGUGUGAGCAAUGACUGCUUGUUAAUACUGUAAAUGUCGCAGGCGUCAUUCAGAAGAGAGACUUUUAAGAUUCCCAAAGAAAAGGUGUGCUGAUUCAUUUAUUUCUGAAAUAGCUUGAUGGAAAUAAUGCAAACGCAAGCAUUACCUUUUACCUUUAGUUGCUUGUGCUCACUUUGGGAAUCUGCCUUUGGCGUUUUGUCUUUUCUGUUGGUAGCCUAAAUGCUAGAGGAGGUCUUGGAAAGUCUUCUCCUUACUCAUAAUGCAACUAUACAUGAAGGUGAAAUCCCCAUGGGUGGUGCCUUCUCCAGCCGUUAAGAAGGACAGGUCUGGCUUCCUAUCUCCUCCUGCAGUCUCAUGUUUUCCCAUAGUCUCGAGAGUGAGACACAUUGUGAUGUCCCUUAUUUUCCCAGAGAUGUGCCCUGGAUAUGCAUAGGGCAGGAGGCACUGGCAUGCAGCAGAGGUAAAAAAUACUCACCUCUGCAUUCAGCCCUGGAUGGCUUCUGAUUAAAAAUAAAUGAGCCAUCUUCAAGACACAAAGAGGUGACACACUGCCUGCUUUGUCAACCUACCAUUGUUCUAGUUAGGCUAUAAACCAUGUGUUGUGCUUAAAAUCCUUAAUAUCUAAAAUAUGUCCCAUUACUUCACUCUCUUCUAGACUGGCACUGGAACCGUAUUCCUUGAAGUAGCUCAAAUAUAGUCCAGACAAGUGGGACUUGCAGCAACAUUUGGCCAUGCUUUUUCUAGGAUACUCCAUUCCAUUUCCACUCCCACCGGCUUUUCCUGUCCCCUCCUCAACAGUCAGCAUUCCCAUGGCCACUGAACAUGCUUGGUCCCUGUGGGGUUGUUCUAUGUGGGGCUGCUACUUUGAUUUGAUUUUUCUACAGACUAUUUUGUACUUUGCUCUGUCUGUAAGUACUUCUGCACAUCACCUCCUGGGGUAUUUUGGCUAUACAGGGAUCCACACUCAAGGAAUGAAUCUGCCCUUAGCAUAUAGGAUGAUUACAGAUGCACAUUGAAGUAUCACAACAGAUGGCUCCAGGCAGACCUUUUUUUAAGACACUGGAAGGCUAAGGAGGGUGGUGCCUGAAUGUUCAUUUGAGGGGAUCCCCUCAUUCUUAACAGUGCACCCUGCAUUAAGGUCAUUUCCAGGGCUUUUUUUGCCCUGAGGUCUGGCACUUCUCAGGUGGGCUCCAUUGCCAUUAUAAGAGAACAAGGGAGGUGUUUAUGGUGAGUUCCAGCACCUCUUCUUCCAUAAAAGUAGCACUGGUCAUCCACCACCACCCCACUCCUGUUGGAGUACACUUUGUCCAGAUAGAUGAGUCACUGUUGUCACCCUCAUGUACAAGGCCAAGAACAAUUCCUUUGCUGAAGAAAGAGGCUGCCAUGAGGGCUUGAAAAGAGGGAAGCAGUCCACAACCCCACCCACACCAGCACUUUCGCCUAAGUGCACCACAGAAUGUGCGCUGCCUAACAUUGACUUGGUUGUUGAGGAAAAUACUGCAUAUAGAAAGUGUGUGUAAAGUCUCAUGAAGAGUCCAAGUCUAGUCUCAUCACCACUGUGGCAUGACUCAGCAUUGGGGAGGGAGGACAUUGAUUCCUCCAUUAUGUUGGGUGUAUAAUCUUUGCAACUCCAUAGAAAUAGCGCUAUUAAAAGAGCUGUUGUGUUGUAGUGGCUAGAUGACAGACGACAUGAGCUGCAGUCCAGAACGCUUCCAAUUCAAAUCUACUCUCCAUGAUGGAUCUCACUAGGCAUUGCUAUAUCAUCAUCAUCAUCAUCGCUUCCUGAAUUACUGUAGACACCAAAGCUGAAUAAUUCCCCAAAUAAAAGGUGAUUUUGGAGGGGAUUUACUAAAUGAAAGUAAUUUAUAAGUGCCCCCCCCCGCCAAUUUGUUUUGGAAUAGCAGUGGGAACACCAAACUUGUGUCUCCUUCCAAAUGGUGUUGGAAUAUAAUUCUCAUCACCCCUGACUGAAUAACGCUGCUCAUGGUUAGAACAACUAAAAGGGCUGGUGCCUGGUUAAGUGUGUGCAGGAGCGUGGCAGGCCCAGAGGAGAUUAAUGAGCAGUGAGCCUGUCUGAGUGCUUUACUGGGAUCCAACCCAGAAGACUUCGAUUUAAGAUUAUUUAAUUCCAUUGACGUCACUGUCUUUAACUAGUUUGUGCCGUUGACUGCCUCAUACAUAUCUUCCAAUCCCACUCUCCCAUCUCUAACGGGGGAAUAAUACUAACCUGCUUAGAAGUUGUGGUAAGGAUUGCUGAAGUUAUUUGAACCCACAAAAAGUGCUAUAUAAGUAUUAUUUAUUACAUUUAUAUCCCCCCCUUUCCCACAAUGGGCUCAAAGUAUCAUACCCCCCAUUUUAUCCCCACAACAAUCCUGUGAGGUAGGCUAGGUUGAGAUGUGAUGACUGACCAAAGGUUACCUAGUGAGCUUCAUGGCUACAUUUUAACCUGGAUCUCCUGGUCUUAGUCUGAGAGCCGAACCACUACCUUCUCCAACCAGUCAGAAAUAACAACUGGGGGGCCUGUUCUUGGUUAAAAUCACUUCAGGUCUCCAUCUGAGGUCUCACUUGGUACAAAAAGCCAGUGCGGAGUAGUGAAUAAGAUUAGUAAAGGGCCUGGCAAAUGAGUCCUGCAUUUACUCUGCUCAUUUUGUUUUCUGGUUCAUAUGCUGCUUGCGUCUGCGGCAUCUCUGUAGGAGAAAUGCUACCUUCGUUGGUUUUUUUGCGAAGUAAAUGGAAGCAGUGCAGAGUCAGCACAUCUUAGAAACAGGCCCCUAUAGCCCAGAUGCCAGAUUGCAGGAGGAAGGAUGUGUUUGUUGAUGCUAUUGUGAUUAUUAUUUUCAUCCCUGGACCCGGUGAUUACCUUCCACAUCGCUCGCUUAGCUCCUGUGCCUGUUUAUGCCUUUGGGCACCCUUUUACCUUGUUUUGUAAUUUCCCCAGGGAAACAUUGGCAAGAGGGAGAAGUUGCCCUAAGCAGGCCUGCUGAUCAGGAGAUAGCUUCUGUUAAGCCAGCUGGGUUUCCCAGCAUAGAGAGCAUGUGCUGGCUUCUCUGGGUGGAAAUAUACAGCAUCUAAAUAUAUAUAUAUAUAGCUGGCCUCAGACAAGCAGCCUCACAGUGUGCUUGGUGGGAGCCUCCCCAUUGUCGUGGCAUGAUGGGCGUCUCUUGGUUCAGAAAGAAUUACUUUUAUUUCUCUGAGGUGGGGCUGGGCUCCUUUCUGGCUAGCGUACACCCUUCUCUGCCUUUCCCCCUAUUCUUCUGUCUCUGUAUUAGCUACAGCUUAUCUACGCUUUCUAAGAGUAUCUACAAAAGCAACGUUUAUGCCUGCUCUGUACAUAAGGUCACCUCAUUUUACUGCCUUUUUGCUGUUUGUACCCAAAUAUGUCCAUGGGGUGUUCCCGUGUUUAUUGUGUGAUAACCAUCAGUGCAGAUUAAUGGGCAGUUUCCUGUGACUCCUAGCUGUAUGUCCAUAGAACACAGCUUCACAAACAAAGCUGUUGUGUGAAUAUGUUUGGUGGCUCCCAUGUUGCUAACCCUCAUGGUUUUGGAGAUAAUUUUAGAAAAGGGAAAACUCUCAUUUGGGGGAAAGACCUUUUGUACACUGUAAAGCUACCUGAGGUGUUGUUUUUUCCUCCGUCAGUGCGUCUCCUAUCAUGUCUGCCUCCCUUCCCCUCAGAAUGAUAAUCACCUCUCACCACCACCAUCAUAACCCUGUCGCUCCAUUUUUUUCUUGUUACCUGUAAUCACAAAAUCUGUGCAAACUCAAACUGUGAAUGAAGAAUGCACCAAAAGGAAUCCGCACAUUCUAACUGUGUUAAAUUUCACGUGCUGCAUUUUUUUUUUGGGGGGGGGACUAAAUUUGAAUCCACGUUACUUCCUGAACAGUGCCCACUAAAUUGCCUCAGAAACAAAUUAUGUUCCCUAAGUUGACUCCCUCCAGUUAUUGCUGGACUGCAUCUUCUAUCGCCGCUGUUCGUUGGUCAUGCUGGCAGGGACUGGUGGAAGCUGGAGUCCAAUAAACACCUGGAAGACAUCAUAUUGAUUACCCCUGCCCUAUGUCAAUAAGCAAACUCCAUUUGGUGUUUUUUAUAUAUAAUUAAGGGAGAGUUAUCAGGCCUUUUGAUUAGAACAACCACAGGAAACCAAUGCCUGGUUAAGUGUGAGUCUACCAGGUCCAGAGGGGUUUAAUGAGUGGGUGGGCUUAGCUGGGAUCCUAGCCAGAAUGCUUUGAUGCAGAAGUAACACGCCCAGCAGCUCACUGCCUUAACUGCCUUGUGGUGUACAUUGUCUUUCUUAUUUAUUUAUUAUGUUCAUUUAUGCAGACUGCAUACCACACAUUCGCAAGGCUGAAAACCAGUACAGUGGUACCUCAGGUUAAGUACUUAAUUCGUUCUGGAGGUCCGUUAUUAACCUGAAACUGUUCUUAACCUGAAGCACCACUUUAGCUAAUGGGGCCUCCGGCUGCUGCUGCACCACCAGAGCACGAUUUCUGUUCUCAUCCUGAAGCAAAGUUCUUAACCUGAAGCACUAUUUCUGGGUUAGCGGACUCUGUAACCUGAAGCGUAUGUAACCUGAAGCGUAUGUAACCCGAGGUACCACUGUAUAUUGGAAGGAUAUUAGGUAGGAAGAUGCCUUGCGUUGUAAAGAAAAUGUCGUGUUUCAGAACCCCUCAGCCUAUAGAGUAUGGCACCUACCCAUUCCAACAUCCCUUGUUUUUUAAGUUCUCAGCCAGAAUUCUGCAAAUCACCUACGUCUAAAGUCAAGCAUUUCUUUUUUUGCACACACAACUUCCAAGGAGCAGCUGAUACAUUCUCCUCUGCCUACCAGCAAGCUACCUCCAGUUUUCUUUUGUUUGUUAAACAGCACAAUGUUGGAUGAUGGGCCGGCUUCACGUCACGGUCUCCCCAUUUCAUUUUACCCCACCCACCCGAUAUUAGAUUGUUAAAGCGAGCCGGAAUAUUCUGAUUAUUACUUCUCUGCCACUUGCCACAUGUUGUUUGUGGGAAGAAUGGCCCCAUUUAGUUUACUUGUUUUGCAUAUCUUCUUUUGGCUGAUCUCGGAGGGAGGUGAGGCUGUGCUUGAGCAGUGUCUAGAGGGAGAGAGAUGUUUCUGUACUGAGCAAGUGCUUGACAGGACUGGACUGGCACAGCGCAAGGGAGACUAGGCGUGUGUCUGGGCUGCUCUCUGAGCAGCCCUUUUUUUAAAAAAGUUGGCAUUAAAGUAAAUGGUGCCCACAGAAUUCAACAUGGGUGGCAGUCAUUAGCACUGCCCUUUAGUCUUUGAAAAUGUGGUCUGUGAGGUCUCUCAUCUCCCUUACUCUAGCUAGAGCAGAAAUAAGGGAGCCUUUGAAUAAAUACUAACUUAUUUGAUUAUUGGAUCGUGGGUUUGGAACUCAGGGUUCAGUUUUAUGCCAGGGCAGACCAUUUAUCGGCUUGCAUUUUGGUUUGUCUGAUUCAUCCAGCCUAUUUUCUCGUGGAAAAUUCUUCUAUUUGAGAAUGUCAUUGUUGUUGCUAUGAAAUUUGCAACUCCAGAGAAGAUAUUUAGGCUGCUAUGGUAUACUCCCUUACUAGGGAGCAAGCCCCGUUGAACUCAACUGGACUUGCUUCUGAGUAAACAUGUAUCAUCAGAUUGUACAGGAAAUCUGAUCAGGGCUUUGUGAGUCAACGGUGUUUGAGAGAGGUGGACUUGGAUGCAAAUAAAUAUCUGGUUCAGCUGUCAGUGAUUGGAUUUAUUUGUCCUUACUCCCAGAAAGGGAAUGUUGUUGAGCUGUUUCUCUGAUGGCUGCCUUGCAAAAAAAGAAAAGAAAAAAAAUGGAAGAAGUAUGAAGCAAGCAUUUGCCUUAAAAAUAUGCUGAUUCUUGGAGUUUUGAAAAACUUCUCCUGUCUGCCUGACACUAGAGAUUUGGUCAGGGAGCUGAGCCACUGCUGUUUGGAAGGCCACCUAGGAAGAGGUUGUUGACUACACAGCUGCCCCUAAAUGCCAAGAGGAAUCUGGAGAAAGAUGUAGAUACCUUGAAAAUAAUGACAUUCCUUGCCUCCUGGCUAAUUCUUAAUCUGUGGCAGGCAUGAUUUAUUAAAAUAAUCUUAUCUAAUCAGGAAAGCUCUAGAAAUGUCUGCUACCUGAGUUUCCGAGACACUGUGAGCUCAGCUGUCCAUUCUGUAGCCACCUCAGGGGUUUCCUAAGCAGGCAGAAGGCCCUUUUAAUUGAAUCGCUACAUCAGGAAUGGCAGAAAAGCAAGGAUGAUUGCCUCUUUCCCCUUCAACUGCCUGGAUGCAUCAUGCAUCAGGAUGUGGUUGGAUUCCGUGCAAAUAUUAAUCAGCCAACUAAAAUGUUCAUUGAUAAAAGGUGCUCUCAGUGUGCUGAUAGGCUGUUUGUUGAUAAAACCAAGGUUUGUUCACAAACCAAGGAAACCAAGGGUUGGCCCAUCCAUGACUGUUUGUCACUUGGUAACGUCAUUAUGUUGUUAUUUUGCACCCUUUACAGAGUAACACAAGCAAACAGACACACAGACACACAAACAGGUUCUGUCUGCACAUUGCAGUAUCGAAUGGUAACAUGUAGCAUCAUGUGAUGAUGUGACUGAGUGGUCACAUAUCUUAACACUACAUACAGACUUUCACUGCCUGACUUCACAUAAAAGCAAAAGUUUUGAAUCAAAUCACUUCACUUGUUUAGCUUAGCUCAAAGUUGUUAUGUGUUCAAGCUUGAGUCUGGACUAAGGAUUCUGAGCUCCUGUGUUCUGAUUCGAGACAUCACAGAACAUUGCAGGAUUUGGGCCUCUGCCAUUGGCCCUUGAACUCUGAAUUGUGAUUCGCAGCUUGGAAGUUUAGACAGCCAAUCAUGUUGGUAGUGGAAGUGGCCCAGGCUUUCAGGAAUGUAUAUAAGCAGUUGCUUUGCCCCUGUUUUCCAGUUACGUAUUCAAUAAAUUUCUUGCUGUUAUCACUGUGUCUUGCCUCGUGGGAACCCACCUACGCUUCAAAAGUCAUCACAAGCUGCAAGGAAAUCAAGCUGAUGUCCAUGUGCCUGUGAAAACCACUUCUGAGAAUGAGAAUCAGCAGCAUCCCCAGAUGCUAAGCAAUGUACUGAAAAGCCUGGGCUUGGCAGUCAAACCAAGUUUUUGCAGCAAAUUCCAACCUACUGGCUAGUUGACCACAUUUGUCUCUCUCCGCUCUCAACCCCUUGAUACCAAACACUGGAUUCCUCAUCACUUGAUAACCCAACAGUUCGAGCACCAUAUUCUGUAGAUAUUAAAUGUCUGUCCCACCCUUCCUCUUAAGGGAGCUCAGGGUGGCAAAUUUUAAAUUGCCGCCAAGUCCACCAUGACUGGCUGAGGCUCCCAGUUGCUUGGGAGAGUGGUUCUUUGGUGGUGGUGGGACCUUUCCGCCAAGAACAGUAAACAGUCUAUUUCUGUUGGUGAAGUAGGUCCUUGCUUUGGGAUGCAUGUAAUAAUAGUGGCAUGCAUUGCAGAAGUUCUUUGCAGCUGAUAGAGCUGUAGCCAGCAGUGUUUUGUGGAUAAAAUCCUUAAAUCCUUUCCUGCCCUGUGAGCUGGAUCAGAUGUAGGUUUGUGCAUCCCAUCUGCUCAUCAAGCUGCAAAGCUUUGAUGCAGGAGCCAUUUUAAAAAGGACCUGACAUCCAGCUAAAAAGGUUUUGCAGUUCAGAUAAGAAGGGAGCCUGACCAGAAGCAGAGACUAGAUGGGAUUGGAUACAGCUGUGGAUACAGCUGCCUUUCUUUCAGCUGAAGUUAUGGGAAGGAAACAAGAUGCUUGUAAAAUAGGCUCUUUUCAAGUUUCCCAGGGCCGGCCCUACCUUUAGACAGAAUGAGGCGGCUGCUUCAGGUGGCCGAUAAUGAGGAAGCAGAGUUGUGAGUGGUGAUCUUGUAUAUGGGAAACAGUAAGUCACACCACAUCAUCAAACUCAACAAAUAUUUAUUAAAACCUACAGAGCAACAAUUUUUGACAUUAAAGAGCAACAUAAACAACUUUGCCAAAUAAUAUCCAGAUUCUGAUUGUCUUGGCAAAAAUAUCCCAGGCCUUUUUUUGAAGCUUAGAAAACUAAAUCUCAUCUCUCUCUCUCUCUCUCUCUCCCUCCCUCCCUGUCCUGUUCUAUUCCUCUUGCAUGGACUGCUAGCAUGAGGCCUUCUCAGCUUGCCUCUUAAAGAGAUAGUAUCAACAGCUGACACAUUAGAGGAUCAUGGGGCCUCCCCUCAACCCCUAACCAAACCUGAUGGUCUUAGAAGUAGAAGAUGAGGAGAGUGCCCCAUCACCAGUGUUGAAAGAAGAUUCAUCUGACAUUCUUGUCAACUUCUGAAUGUGGAAUCAGGGUGGGGAGAGGAAGUGCCAUAUUACCGCAGACCCCAAAAUGCUUUUGGCUACCCUUGCCUUCUUCUUAAUAUAUUCAGUUACCAUAGAUGGGGUCCUGAUCACCCAUCAGACAUUCGGUUGUCUCUAUGAGUAUUCACACACAAAAUAGCCCUGCUAUGUAUAAAUCCUACCUACUUAUUUUGCCCAUAACAUAGGACACCAUGUUCUGAAAUCAGUAGGCUGAAAAUAAUAUCACACAGUAGGUUUAUUGUGUUAUUCCCAUUUGCAGAUGAUGAACCUGUAGUGGUUAUGGGGUGGGUGGGGGUGGGGGUUUAAAUUUAAAGUAUUACAUGCUUUGAGCAAGAAUGGAGCGUGCAGCUCUCUGAGUCCCAAUCCAGUUGCUUAGCCCCUAGGCUUUGGCUUGUGUAUGAGAAACUUGCUUGGCAUCUGAUGACUUUAAAUUUUCCAUCUGGAUUUCUCUUAAACUUCUGGAACUGUUUCCAGAACUCUCCGGGAGUCUGGAACCCAGAAUGGGCUAGACUUCAUUGUGAAUUUACAAUGUCCCUGAUAUGGGUUGAUGCUAUUGUCAACCAAUACAGGAAAUUUCUGCAUAUGCAUGUCAAGGUAUAGAAAUGCUGCCAGAUUCUGGCAAAUCCCUACUUGAGAUUCCUGAAGAAUUCACUAAGGCAAAAGCUUCUCUUGCAUCUCUAGAUGUAUGAAAGAGUGAGGCCAUUCCUUGCCUUUCCUCCGUCCCUCUAUUGUCAUAUGUGCCUUGAAAUGGCUCAGGGCAGGAAAUGGCAGGGCAAGACAGAGGGCACAUAUGAGCAAAUUUAAAAAUUGCAGCUCCCUCCUCUCACUCCUGCACACCAUCCUACAAGCCAAUUCAAGAAACAGGAGUGGAAGAGGCAUCCAAUUCAGAAAAUAUACAGACGAAAACCAGUGGUACAGUGCAGUCGCUUCCAUGGGACUUCUUCUCUGACUUAAUUUAUCACUUCUUCUUCCCAAUUAGGUACACGCUUAAAAGAUUCAAGUCUUUCUCGUCUCCCUGUGGGCCUAUUUGGCAGUAUAAUAUACAACCUACUGCCAUUGUCAGUCCUCUGUGUCCAAGCAUUGUGGAUUGCUUGGGGUCCUUGCAAACCUGAGCUAGCUGAAAUCUGGAUUAUUAUUUUGUUGUUGCUGCUGCUGCUGAGGUUGGUGGAGUUUAGUAUUCAUUCAGACAUGGGAUUGCAACAUCAAGCAAUGAUUUGUACACUUGAAGUAGCCAUCCCAUAUUAAAAUAAUGCAGAGCAUUAUUAUCACCUGACAUCUUUUGUGUGUGUUUGUGUGUACACACACACACACAAUACAGUCACAGCAAAGAAAAGAACAUAGCACCGAGCCCAUGGUGUCAUUUUACAUGAUCUUAAAACACUGGCAGUCUAUAUAGCUUCUCCACAGGCAGGUUUGUGAGGCUGGUGGAAAACCUUUAUUUUCUUUUCCCCUUACAUAUGAAAGAAAAGGGAGACUGGGUUUCACAUCAAAGGUAUUUUCCUUUACAACCCCAUUUGCAACUCUUCUAAGCCCAGUUAGUUGUUCCGAACCGCAGGCAGAGCAUUCUUAUCAUCUGACAUCAUUUUGACAACGUAUUUCACGGGAGGGAGGCAGUUCCCCAUGUCAUCUGAGUCAUCAGAACAGAUUGAUGGAGUGCUGCGCCCGUGUGCAUGUAGACCAGUUCUCAGAUAACUCUUCCUGCUUUGUUGAGGGUUCCUUUUGUGGGGAGAGAAGAUCUGGACGGUGCCUGUCGCCAAGCAAGCAAAGAUGUCAAGAUCACAGUGCAGCAGUCUUAGUUCCUCAGAGCAGGGGCCGCCUCCGACAGGCACAACCAUGUGGGAAAUGAAUUGUGCUAGACAACAGCGGUCCUAUUCGCCCAGUAAGCUGACACUUCCCCCUGCAGAGUCAGCUGCCUCCUAACUCAUGUUUUGCUUUUCAAGCAGACAAGAUCCUGAUUAAUGGGCAGUGGAUGGAUGUUAUCCCAGCUGCCCUGUAGGAGUUUCGGGUGGGGUAGCUGCAAGGAGCAGAGCUGCCAGAUGUUCCUUAAUUUUAAGAAAAGCAUCCUUAGAAGUGGGGGGGGGCAGGGGGUUAGUCCUUGUUCCUCACCACCUUUUAAAGAAAUUAAAACACAAUAGAUGAACUGGAGUUUAAAAAGGAAAGGUUUCCAUGGGAGCUCUUUCUGCUCUUGGAUUCUAGUGGGGGAGGAGAUAUGGGGAUUAUUCUCUCGGCAUUAAGCUGUGCACAGAUCAGCUCCUGUGGAAAACCAAGAAAGGAUGAGAGGGGAGAGGAAUGAAGGGGUAGUAAUUGGACUGAGAGUAGAAGCUCAAUUAAGAGCUGUCAUUGUCGUGUGCAUAUGCUGUUUUUUCUAAUAAUAAUAAAAACCACAUACACAGUCUAGCUAAUUAUAUUUAGGCUGCAUUUUAGGUUUAUAGAAUCCCAAUGCAGGCUUUCUAAAGUGGUCAGGAAUUUAACCUUAAUACUUCUCAUUCAGUCCUAUAAAUUUGUGGGAGCCUCCCCCAAAAAAUCCCAACCAAAAGGGGGUGGGUGGAGAUUUGGCAAUAUCAGGUGCGGCUCAUACUUCAUUAUUGUCAUCUGUAGGCAAAACCACAACAACACCCCAAUCUACAGCAUUCUGUUUUGCAUUUUCCUUUUCCUUUGUGCACUAGGUUCUUGAAUUCCUCCAAAAGCAAUGGAAUAAUAUUUUUAAACCUCCUACUGCGUACAAGCCAACAGCCCACCCUCCCCAACUAUAAAGUUAGGAACUCAGUCCACAUGCUCAGGCUCUUGUGACACCUUUUGUUUACUGGAGCUGCUGGAUCAGAUGACAUAUUUACAGCCAGUCCAAUUAGAGGGGCCUUAAUAGGCUCCUGUCAGUUCUAUUUUAGGGGCCCAGAGCUCAACAAACCUGUCCUGCAUGUGUACUAUAGCUCAUUGCUUCAGCCUCUGCCAGUUUGGUAUGUGAUAUUAAUAAUGAGAAAAACAAACAGCAUUUCCCAAAGUAGCAAGUAGCCAUUUAGUAGAACGAGCUAAACCUGACUGUGUUAUUCCUUUAGUGGACUACAUCAUUCCUGACCAUGGACCAUGCUGACUGGGGCUGAUGGGAGUUGGAGUCUACAACAUCUGGAAGGCACCAUGUUGGCUAUCCCUGCUUCCGAUUAUGCACACAUUUUCUUUCUUUCUUUGGUCACAUGUGUCUCCUCAUCCCCUCCCCCUUUUUUGACUAUAUUUGUUUUUAUUUUAUUUAUUAAAUUUGUAUACCUAUACCCGUAGGUCUUAGGGCAGUUUACAACCCAAAGUUAUGUUAUACAAAGUUCAAAAUACAUAAUUAAAAAUGAUCAAAACCAUUAUUGAUACAAAGGUAUACACACUAAUAGUAAACAAUCUAUUCCCCAACAAAAGCCCCUAAGCAAUACUGCAGCCCACAAAUCCAUAUACAAAAAUCCAAAUUAACAUAUAACAUUUUAAAAUAUUUUUUUAAAGAAACCUAACUCCAAUACUUCACAUUUCAAUAUUCUUUUCUGCCUCUGGUACUUCCUGUCAUUUGGGGUGGAUGGUAGCAUCAUCCUUGCACUAAAGCAGAGGUAGGCAACCUAAGGUCCAUGGGCUGGCUGCAGCCCAAUUGCCUUCAAAAUCCAGCCCAAGGAUCAGCGUGUUUUUACAUGAGUAGAAUGUGUCCUUUUAUUUAAAAUGCAUCUCUGGGUUAUUUGUGGGGUAUAGGAAUUAGUUCAUCCCCCCCCCAAAAAAAUAUAGUCUGGCCCACCACAUGGUCUGAGGGACAGUGAACUGGCCCAUGGCUGAAAAAGGUUCCUGAUCCCUGCACUAAAGCCUCCAUCAAAGUGUGGAAUGACAGCACAGCUGUGCCCCUAGACAGCAUGAAUUGUCUGGUUCUGAUUCUUCCUGGAAUCCUUCAGUUUUUAUAGACAGCAGUUGUCUUCAAAGGCUUAAGGGGCUACCACAUAGAAGAUGGAGCAUACUUAUCUUCUGCUUCUCCAGCUGACAGGUCCAGAAUGAAUAGGUGGAAAUGGCAAGGGAGGAGAUUUUGGCAACGCCGUGGGAGAACCCUCUUAACUUGACUGUGUAGCCAACUGCCUUGGGAGGUUCUGGUAGGCUCAGAUCUCCUUCGCUGGGUGUAUUUAACCAGAGAUUCGGACAACCAUCUGUCAGGGGUGCUGUGGUUGCAUGGAGAUGCUGCCUCUCCAUGUGCACCUGCAUAUCUGCAGAGGUCCAACGCUAAGUGUUCUGUCAAUAAUACUGCUACCUGUGCUGCUUCCUUGAGUGAAUCCUGGGCGCAGGGUGAACUGCUCACUCUGCCAGGGAUGGAAGGGGGAAUGAGGAAAAAGCACGUGGGGAGAGAACGGUGCCAGAUUUAUGUAUAAGCUAAACAAGCUAUAGCUUAGGGUCCCACUCUCUUGGGGGGCCCCAAAAAAAUUAGAGGGGGAAAAACUGGUUGUGCAUUUCCAAAAUAUAAGAUAAAAAACAAAUAAAAUAAAACUACAUGCAGCAACAGUGUUUUGUGUUGUGUAGGUUCCUAGGAUGUAAGUACAGUGGUACCUCGGGUUAAGUACUUAAUUCGUUCCAGAGGUCUGUACUUAACCUGAAACUGUUCUUAACCUGAAGCACCACGUUAGCUAAUGGGGCCUCCUGCUGCUGCCGCUUCUGUUCUCAACCUGAAGCAAAGUUCUUAACCUGAAGUACUAUUUCUGGGUUAGCAGAGUCUGUAACCUGAAGCAUAUGUAACCUGAGGUAGCACUGUAAUGGCUUGCUAGCCUGCUCCCUAAAAUAUCACUUGUUUGCUCAUUUCUAUAUAUAGGGUGCCUACAUUCUGCAUGGACUGGUUGCAAAUGGCUUUAGAUAUCUAUUAGGUCCAUAAAUUACCAUAUAGCGUACAUUCAACACAGAAAACAGCGACCAUUUGUUGUUGGCAAAGGACAGCUGGACAUAUAAAGGGCCCCAUUACCUUCAGUAGCUUAGGGCCUCAUCUAACCUAAAUCUGGCCCUGGGAGAGAAGCAUAACAAGCACCUUAACACACCGAGGAAGGUGCAGAAUUGGCAAUGGCAGGGAACAUAUUGCACACCUUGCCUGGGGUUGAGGGACCCCCUCGGGGACUGUUGGGGCUGGAGCCAGAUGAAGACCAGGUGCUGCUCACUGACCGAUGGCAAAAAUCUCUUGCGUAACGUAAAGGCAGCUCUGGUGACUGUUGUUACAGAGCCGGCACACAAGCCUACAUUUCAUGAAAAGAACCUCAAAUAGAUUUUUGAAACCGUAGAUGAGGAAAAAAUGGCUCAGGAGAGGGAGAUGCUCACUGUCUGUGCAAGUGGACGUGUUCUUGUCAAACAUGGUGUAUGUUCUCUUACUGCAUUUCCCAGGGGCGUGUAGCAUGGACUCGCAACAUACCUUUUUGCAAACACAUUUGCUGGUUGGAGGGGCCAUUGUAUGGAGUACCACGCCGUAAGUCCCUUGUUUAUAAUGUGAGUCCGUGCUACGUGCCAUGGGCUUGUGUUAUUAACAAGGGGCUUAUAAGAUGGUACCCCAUGCAAUGUGCCCCAUACCUCUUAAAAAAAAAAAUCAGUGUAGCAUUGCAUUGCAUUGCAAACACAAGGGGCUGUAAUGUGGAUCCAGCCCCAUCGUUGGGUAAGGUACAGAACAGAGCAUGUUAAGAUGGACAUGCUCUCCAAAGAACAAAUAACUGUAGUCUUGCUUUCCCAUCUGAAAUAGCAUUUGUGCACACAAUCUUCUCCGUUGUAAGCAGAAGAUACUUUUACUGGUUGGGAACAUUGCUUGUGGCUCUGAAAUUGCUUAGAACAAUUACUGUGCAGUGCUUUGUUGAGCUGUAAGAAUAAGAGUCUAAUAAGCAAAGGGAUUAAAAUAUAUAGGGGAUGACAUGCAUGAUGUGUGUGGGACAAGCAAGUGGAAACAGAACUCUCUCUUUGCAGGAAAAAGAAAUAUGAUAUUCCAAUUGUGCUUAUUGGGGAAAGCGUCGUUUUUAUUCUUAGUAAGGAAACAGAGAGAAAGAAAUUUGACAUGAUGUGCCCAAGGCUUGGACUUUAAGUCCAAAGCAAUAAUGGAAUAUAACUUCGCGUUUGGACUUCAAGUCCUGUGCUGUUAACACUGUAGCCAGCAAUUCCUGCUGUUUCUAAGAUUAGUUGAAAUCUAUUCAUAAUAAUGUCUAGGCAAAAUUACAUCAUAUAUUAUCAGGCCGAUGCAGUUGGAGGUCUGGUAUUAAUGAGCCAGAUUAGAAAUGUUGUUAAAAACAGCAGACUCAAACAACCUUGCAAAGCAUCCCAAGAGGAUGGGCUGGGUGCACCUGGGAGCCCUUUGUUGGCUCCUUCCCUUAUUAUUACUACAUUCAGAGCAAGGAUAAAUGUAGAAGGGAAAUAAAUAGCAGAUCUGGGCAGCUAUAUGCUGGGUAGGCCUACAAUUUGUCUGGGAGCGGUUUUAAUUGUCUGUCUAGGGAUGUCGACACCUUGGUGCAAUUGUGGAUGACUAGCUCCUGAGAACUGUGGUCUCCAGGUCACUUUCUUGCCUUUUAAAGAUCUUCAUAGGUAUAGUUUUGUGAGCUAGAUAAAAAAAGAGAGGAAUAAUCCUGUGCUAGCCACAACUUUUUUUCCAUUGCAUAAUUAUAAAUUAUCCCUGCAGCCUCAACCUUGUUCACUGUGGAGAAUGGUCAAAUGAUUAUCUUUUUAUAUAACUCAUUUUAAAAGUAAUCUCAUUCAUCCACACAACAUCACUGUGAAAAACAAGUAAACAUUACGCCCAUUUUACAGAUGAUGGGUUUGAGGCUGGGAGAGGGAGAACUUUUUCAACAACCCCAUAAUUUCAAAGGCAGGCAGAGAUGUGAAGUCCAACCCUCCAUCCCCCACUGUCCUCCUCAGAUCACGCUGGGGGGUGUCACAUAUAUUACAUUGAAUAAUUGCACCAUCUGUGUACACAAAUAGUUUAGCUGUACAUUUAUUUGCAUGCAACAUUCAAGGAGUGUUCAGUCUGUGUACACAGUAGUGGGGCCGUACAGAUCGACAAGUGUGCACCCUGCCUGUACAUGUAUAGAGACAGCUUGUGUCUGUCACCAGUGUAAUCAGUGCUGGAUUUAAGGCAGUGCGGCUGGUUCCCCUGCAUAUGGUGCCAAGCCAAGGGGGUGAAAAAUAGCAGCAGCAGCAGCAACAACAACAAAUAUUUAUAUGGGUAGCAAUAUGGGUAAACUGUACCAAAAGCAAUUAUUGUGAAAAUAAUAAAUAUUUGCAGGAAAGAGGGCACCAAAUUUUGUCCUCGCUUUGUUACCAAAGUCUGCCCUGGUGCAAUGUGUGAAGUCUAAGUCACUGUGAAGGCAGUGUGUGUGGAGCAAGAGUUGGUGAUCAUCAGUGAACUGGUCAAUGUAUCAUGUCUGUAUGAAAGCCCUUGAGACCCAUUUCAGGAUAUGAGUUAUUGACAGAGAAUACGCCACCUUCCCUUUAAAAUUAGAGAGUCAAAAUCACAGCAUGAGAGAUAGCAAGUAGAACAUCUCGCCUUGCCUAUCAGGCCAACUUCUGCCAAUAAGUUUAGAAGAUAAUGAAAGACUUCCUUCUUGCCCUGCUGCUGAUCAGUGGCAUGAGGCAUUUGGGCUCAAAUGCCAGUGGGGACGAGGAGGAAGAGGAGGCAAGGUAUGCCUCAACCUUUCUUGCUCUAUCAGGACUCAAGAACAGAUGUUCAUAGAAGGGCUUCAAGCUCCAGGAAGAAAUCCCAGGCCAGAGCUUGUCAUGCAGUUAAAGGUUUAAGUAUGAGAAGCUAAGAACCAGAGCAACCAAGCAGGUUGCAGGCAAGACUGAGAUAGCCAGGAGCUAAGCAACCAAGCAUUGACCUCAUACCAGCUGAUAUUUUACAUACAUUUGCUGGUUCGUUACAGGCAAUUUCUACCCUGCUCUUCAAGCCUAAAAGGGUUGCCACAGCAGCUAGCAAUGCAAACCAACCAUUUAAAAUAACCACCCAGUUUAAACAGCGUAACAACUGAACAGUACAGGAUGUUAAAACCAUCUCUCAAGUCACUUCUUUGAAACCACAAUUAAAGGCACUGGAGCCCUGUACACAGUUAUCUGGUUGCCUGUGUUCACGGGCAACUGGGAAACAGAAAGCUGUUCAUCAUAUGACGUGGGGAGAGGGGGACCCCAGUUGCCGUCCUUGCCUCCUCUGCCAUAUCCUUGUCGCCACUCUCAGCAUGCUGGAAGGUGAACCUCUAAAGCCAUAGGCGUCAACUACUAAGGGCUGAGCUCCCUUCGGCUCCCCAAUAAAAUAUUUGAGGGGGCCAGGCCCCCACAAAGUUGAUGGGCAUUGCCAUUCAAAUGAUGUGUGUGCACCACGUCUUGUGAUAUAAUAUGUGGGGCAGGGCUUACCUGGGUCCUCCCAAUAUUUUAUUCAAGUUGGCACCUCUGUCUUACAUAGGUUCCCUGCACAGUUUAGGACCUGGUAGUGUAGGGAGCCCUCAGAAGCUGGAACCACAAGAAGCUGAACACCUGAAUGCAGGAUCAGACCAAAGGCCCAUCUAGUCCAGCAUUCUGUUCUCACAGUGGCCAACCAAAUGCCUCUGGAAAGAACAAAAACUCUUUUCACGCUUGUGCUCCCCAGUCAUGGCAUUAGGAGAAGCCUACAAUGGAAGCAGAACUUGGCCAUUUGGGUUAAUAACCAUUCAUAAUUUUGUCCGCCAAAGCAAAUCGGCAGAGUGUAUCUCUUCCCCUGUUUGCCACGGCAUUCCUCCUUCAGUAGGCGCAUUGAUGCACAUGGGACAUAAUGUACACAUGCGUGCACAUACAGGAUAUCCAAGACGUCUCAGCUGAACGUGCUCUCCCCCAUUGACUCUACAUAUUGGCUAUCCACUUUUUUCCAUGCUGGACAAAAAGAGACUUCAGCUGUGGUUAUUCCAACGGUCUGGAGAGGUGUUUGCCUUCGCAGCUGUUUCCUUCAAUACAGGGAGGCAGAGUUCUAGAUGUGGAAUAAGGGUGAAAAGGAACAGGGCAUGAUGUCAUUGUCUCUCUGGCCAUGUUCAUGGAGUGUGCCUUUCUUCCAGACUUUGUUCCUUCCCUUUUCCUCUUGCAGCGUCUUGCAUCAGGUUUGGGUCAGAAAGCAGAGCCAUAAAUGGCAACGUGUUACUGGCUUCAGCACUGUAAGCCAAGAGUUAUUUUCCAAGCUGUGGUUUUCCUCUUCAGAGCUCGGUGUUUACAUUCCCUUCACACCCUUCUUCUCCCUCAGAGUACAGAUCACACAGAUUCCUCCUCCAGCCUCUAUGGGCUUGGGAUUGCUCUUUCACUUUUAAUAAAAACAAAAAUCAAGCAUCUGCAGACCUUACGUGCUUUUUCUCUUUGUUUUUCUUUUGCAAGGAUCAUCUGGCAACUUUACCUGUUAGAUGUCAGCCUGUGUUUGGGGGACAAGGGAAAUGAACUUGUAGGAAAUAAACAAGGUGAUAUCAUGAGCCUCUUUCCCUUUUCCUCUUGCCAGAGCUGUGCUUAAAAACAGGUGGCAGUCUGAUCUAUAGAGUCCAGUAAUAGAUGGAUUUAGCACGGAAACUGUGGGGGGGCUUUAGCCCACCAUGCCCCUCUCUGUCAUGUUCCCAUAACUGCCCAUCUUUGAAAGUGACCAGAAGAGUCAGAGCCUGGCUUCUCUCACCCCAAAAUUCACAAUUCCUUCUGACAUUAAUGUCCCCAUCGCAUUCACAGAGUGAAUGCACAGAGGAAAGGAGGGGGUAAACAAGGUUGCAAUACUCAGGAAACAAAAAUAAUAUAAUCCUCCAAUGAAUGGAUCUUUCACAAUUACAGCAGCUGCCCAAACUGCCUGUGUAUGCAGCAGUUCCCCCAGAUGCUCGCAGAUCUGUGCCUCUGUUUGCCCUCAAGCAAGAAGCUUUCCACUGCCCUCUUUCCUAAAGGGAAACCUCCUUGCCACCCCUGCUGAUGUCACUCUCCAAGCCACAGUCAGUGAACACUGGGAGAACAUAAGCCUCCCAGGGUACCGUGGCCUUCAUGACCCCAAAAAAUCUGCGCUGAUGCUCCUUUGCCUGCUGCUUGCCAACUGGGUCGAGGCUUUUCUGCCGAUGGGCCUUUCUGUCCUCUUGUUUUGCCCAUCAUUGAAACAGCUGUUCCAUCUUACAGAAGAGCGGCUUGACUUGAUAACUCUUAGGGACCCUCUGUGUGGCACAGCACAGUGGAGCUGGAAGGGACCCUGAGGAUCAUCUGGUCCAACCCUCAGCCAGGCAGCUGCACCAUACGGGGAUCGAACCUGCAACCUUGGCGUUAUCAUAAAAGUGGUGUUCUUCCUGUGCAGGCCUCAAAGCUAGUGCUGAACAGCACACGCCUUGAUUGCAGCGCAGCAAGCCGUGGGCAUGACUGCCACAGUCUACACAAAGAAUCAUAGAAUUGUACAGUUGGAAGCAGAGCCGGAUUUAGGUUUGAUGAGGUCCUAAGCUACUGAAGGUAAUGAGGCCCUUUAUAUGUCCAGCUGUCCUUCGUCAACAACAAAUUGUUGCUGUUGUUUGUGUUGAAUAUAUGGUAAUUUAUGGACCUAAUAGGUAUCUAAAGCCAUUUGCACAUAACAAAAUAUGUAUUUUAUCAAAGUACAUCAAGUUUUUUCCCCUUCAAUUUUUUUUGGGGCAUCCCAGGCAGUGGGGCCCUAAGCUAUAGAUUGUUUAGCUUAGACGUACAUCACUGGACUUGGAAGGAACCCAAACGGACUUCUCGCCCAAUCCAAUACAAUCCAGGCAUCACAGAGGAAGGUGCAACGUUCACAUGAGAUAGUUCAGCACCAAACUGUGCUUCCUGUUUUUGAGACUGCUUUCCAUAUUUCUGGUUGUGUGCUGAAGUGCAAGAAGGUCUCCCAGACAGAUGUGCCAUUAGGAAAUGUCUUAAACCUCCGGCCCCGCUGUUCCAACACAGCAGAAAGCAGAAGUGAGGAUUCCAUGGUGCUCUAUAAUUCAAAGGAGCACCCUAUUCAGAUGUUCUUGCUGUGCUCCACAUGUUUAAUGAAUGACUGUAAGGCAGAAGGGGUGGUAUUGCAGCAGCAGGCUCUCCCAUCACCACACAUACUUUCAUUUCGCCCUAUUCUGCAGUAUGGGAUGAUCUUUCCCUGACUUCAUGUUGACUUUUGCUGGAGGAGGAAGGAAUCAAUAGUUUAUUGGCACUGCCACAGCCAUUCUCUUGCAUUGCGGCAUCACACACCGCACAUAACUGCAAUGAAAACGCUGGGAGUAGAGGAAUUUUCCCUCCCAGCACUAAAUGAUGCAAUUUUUUUAAAAUUAUUAUUAUUAUUAUUUUAUUUUGCAGUGAAAACACUACCUUGUGGAAAGUCAUUUGAAUUCUCUGCAGUAACCAAGCAACAACUGCAGUUUAGUGCAUGUGGCCCAAAUGAUCGUCUCCAGAAGUGAUGAUAACGAGCAAAAAUUAGAACAUUCCUGUGGAUCCAGGGCUUUCUUAUAUUAACCCCAUUGCAAAUAUGACCAUUUUGCUUUUGUUAUGACUUGGAGAAAUGAUUCCCCACCCCCUCCCACCAUGAUUAAUUAAACUCACUGUGAUAUCCUGUGAACCUCCUGCUCACCUGUGCCUCCAACCUUGCUGUGUUACUCUGUCAGGCAAACAUGUAAAGCAAGUUCUACCAGGCCCUGAAAACUGCUGGAUUCCUCCUGAGAAAGGCCAUCUGCACUGCCCAGUUUUGGUUUUGUUGGGACAUGCUUCGGAGAGAGGCGCUCUUACCAUUGGCAAAGGAAUAGAGAGAUGAGAUGGAAAUAUGUUGUGAACACCCCCCCGCCGCCACCGCCCCGGCCAUAUUAUAUGGCCUCAUGAAAAGAUGUUCAGCACGAACAGUCCUGUACACAGCUUUUGGACAGCUGAAACAUACAUCUUGAUCUGUUAAAAAUAAUGGCCAAGGAACACCUGCUGAUUAGAAGUCAGAACAGAAACCUGAAAAGGCAAGAGGGUCAGAAAAUGGUUUAACUUUAUCAUAAUGGUGAACAUAACAAAAAAGGAGAGAUUUCCUGGAAUCACAGAAUUGUAGAGUUGGAAGGGACCCUGAGGAUCAUCUAGUUCAACCCCCUGCAAUGCAGGAAUAUGCAGUUGUCCCAUACGGGGAUCAAACCUGCAACCUUGGCAUUAUCAGUACCAUGCUCUUACCAACUGAGCUAUCCAGGCUAAAGCAUUAAUGGAAGCAUAUGUUUAUUUUUAAACUGGUAUUUUAUACUUAGCAGAAGAGUCCCAUUGGACUCUUUUCCGUGUGUGUUAAUCCCACACAUAGGCCCAGGCAGGCAGAUGUCUGUCUAGAUAUCUAAAGUUCUCAUUUGCUCUUCCAGAGUUCUAUAAUACUUAUUUUACUAUAUUGAUAUUCCACCGUUCUUGCAUCAUUGGAUUGAAGGCAGCAUACAUUGGUUUCUGAGAAGGUCUCCACUCCUGCCCAGGCACUGACCAGACCCAGACUUACUUAGCUUCCAUCUAUCUUAGCUCUGUCUAUUGGUCUAAACCUCUCCCUCGUGCACACCCACCCACCAAGAGAGAUGGGUAAUAGAGAAAACACAGCAGUAGUGCAGAUUUAAACGAUCUUACAGGCUGGGUUCAAGGACCCAAACACUGAUCAUGACCACAGCAUAUAUUUCAAGCACCAUUGUAUCACUUUAAGUCAUGGGGAAUCCUGGGAAUUGUAGUCUGCUAAGGGUCCUAGGAAUUGUAGGUCUGUGCAGUCAGCGCCCUCAAACUACAGUUCCAAUAAUUCUUUGAGGGAAGUCAUGACUGUUAAAAGUGGUGUAAUAGUGCUUUAGAUGUAUAGUGUGGAUGGGAGAAUAGUGGAUGACAUAUUGCAGGGGUCAGCAAACUUUUUCAGCAGGGGGCUCAUCCACUGUUCCUCAAACCUUGUGGGGUGGGCCCAGACUAUAUUCUGAAGGGGAAAAAAUGAACCAAUUCCUAUGCCCCACAAAUAACCCAGAGAUGCAUUUUAAAUAAAAGGACACAUUCUACUCAUGUAAAAACACGCUGAUUCCCGGACUGUCCAUGGGCUGGAUUAAGAAGGCGAUUGGGCUGGAUCUAGCCCCCAGGCCUUGGUUUGCCUACCCAUGGCAUAGUGCUCUAUUGCAUCCAGAAGAUCAGAUAACAACCCCCCAUUCAAGGAGACAGAAUUUCUCUGGUCUGGUCUGCCCCAUCUAUGCAAGACAACCAGACCAAGCCACCUUUCUGGCAUUCCCUCUAUGCAUAAGAAAACCCCAGCUUGCUGGGUCACGCUUCCUCUCCCCACCCCAAAUAAGGGCUGCUGAGAAAUAAAUGAAUGAAGAGGCGAAAGGAGUUUCCAUUUUUGGAAGCAUGGACUAAAAUAGACGUGUGUGUAGGAGAUGCUGGCUCUGUGUGUGUGUGUGUGUGUGUGUGUGUGUGUGUCCAGCCGGUUGGUGAGUCAGAGACCAGAGAAUGCGAGAUGCACCCAAAAAGGAUGGUGAAUCGCACACAUUCCUCAGCGGUGACACUUUCCAUCCAGAUCUGACCUCUGGGUAACAACAGCAAAUUUCUGGUUUCUAUGAAGCUGCUUUCUGAAUUCCCAAGACCUUUCCUGCCGGGAGAGCGCUCCUGUUUUAUCUCUCCUCUCUCCAAGCUCUUGACCCUGAGAUGUCUGCAAUAGCUCCCUUUGUCUCUUCUCCAACUUGACUCCAUCUUCGUAAUCGAGGCUGGCAGCCUCCCAUGGCUCUUCCUCUAACACAAACACACACACACACCAUCAUUUACAAAUAGAGCAAAUGGUAGCAACUGUAAAGGCCCUGUCCCAUUGAAUCAAGCAUGGGAGAUUAGAUGAGGUAGGGAGGAGAUGGGCGACAGGCCCACACACCAUCUGGAGUCUGACUGGCUAUUCCACUCCUCUCCAGGGAUGCAGAGAUACGGAGAGGGAAUAUGUGCUGCUGCUGCUGGCUGCCCUGUUAUGCAUUCCAGCACCUAAGUGUUAAUGGAAAAGUAAGUGUGGGCGUGUGGUCAUUUGUGUCUGUGGAAGGGGGACUAGCAGAUUGAGCCACCAGCUUCUCCAGUGGCAAGAACUCGAAAUCCAAACUCAAACAGAAAAUCAGUGCAAUAACAAUUUCCUGAAGAAUCCUAAGGAUUGUAGUUUACUGAGGAUGCUGAGAAUUUGUGAUUCUCCCUUUCACGGAACUGCAUCAGGGAAGAGAAUUACUUUUCAACCUAUGUAUAGAAUAGCAGGUCUUGUUCUGGGAAUUUGCUAAUACUGAGGUCCUCACUGUGGUAAUAAUAAUAAUAAUAAUAAUAAUAAUAAUACAUUAUGUAUACCCCCCAUCUAGCUGGGUACAAAUAAUAAUUUUAUUUGUAUGCCUCCUUUCCACAGUUCAAAGCAUACACGAGGAAGCUUACCAUGUGAAAAAAAUUACAUUACUACGUAACAAAAGUAGUUAUAAACAAUAAGUAAAGCAUUGAAAAUACACAACCAAACUCAACCACUUCCACAUACAUCACAACAAGAUCUAAAAUAAAGUUACAAAAAACCAACAGUGAUAACUGAACCGUCCCUCCCAACAACACCCCAGCCCAAGAGUCUGUUUAGCAGCCUCAGCUUUUGUAGUUGGAGUCAGUCAGGACCCCACACUCCCUGGCCGGUGGGAAAAUCCUGCAAGGCAGAGAGCAGGUCUUCCAGGACUCACAGCCAAGAUGGUCUCUGGCUCCUCAGCAGCCUCAGCUUUUGUAGCUGGAGCACCAUAAGGCAUCCCCCUCCCCUUGGUGUUUGCCAAGCCCCCUGCCUCUGAACAUGUGCAGGCACUCUGCAGAUGCUCAGAGGUUCUGUGCUGUGUGUGUGUGUGUGUGUGUGUAGGCAUGACCAAAGAUGGAAUGAGGUGGAUCAAAAUGAACAUGCUUAAACUAGAAGGGGUGGGUCUAUAAAUCAAAGACCAAAGUUUCCUGCAAGCAUUAUUUUUUCCCUUUUAUAAUAGAGGUCUUUUCUUUUGUCACACACAUAAGAUGCCACCAGAAAAGAAUCAGGCUCCCACCUUCUCCUGGAAUAUGUAUGCAUGCCUUAUUAACACAGGACAGGAAGUGGAUAAAUAACAUUUUAAAAUAGAAUGUACAUGCCAGCCAAUUCAAGUUUUAAAGAGGGCAAUUUUAAGGGGAAAAAGCGCUUAAUGAAUUCCCUGUGCCAAAAAAAGGUGUCAUUCAUUUUUAAAUUUAUUUUUCUCUCUUAACCAUCUUGUGCAAACCAUUUUUACGUGUGCUGUGAGUAUAAGUUGCAUGAAUUUCUAUCAUGCAUUUAUAAGCCUUUAAAUUCCAUCUUCCGGCGCUUGUUCCUCUGAAGAGCAAUGGGGAAGAAAGUGUAAAUGAAUUUAAGAUUUAUUUAAUGGAAGAUGCCUUUCAGUGAGAUCCAACUAAAAUUCUAUCUUUGAGCUAUUAUGCCUAUGAUUCCCUUGUGAUUCUGCAGUGUGCUGCUCUGUUUGUUUUAUAGGGAGGUCUUGCCGCCAGCAUCUUUACAACAGAUUUAUGUUUAAUUCCUCUGUUCCAGGAAGAAGAUCAGGAAUCAGAAAAUGAGAAACUAGUGGUGAGGGAACCUGAGACUGAAGAUGGUAAGUCUGGGGAUGCGUGAUGGCUGGAGGGAGAAACGUUGGCGAUAAAAGACUGCAAAGAGCAUCAUUUAGUCUGGAGACCAUCAUUUUUUAAUGUUCUUAAUGUAAGACUGGAAGAAAGCCAUUUUUAAAAUUUAUUUUGUUUGAAAUUCUUAACCAUUAGAGGCUGUGACAGAGCAAAAAGGGCAAUUUUAAAAUGGAAUGCACAUUCCAGUUAGUGCAAGGUUUUGUAUGUGGAUUUUCACUUGUGAAAAUCAGAGCCAAACUGAAAAUGUGAACAUUAGAGUAAGAUGCCUUAUAUUUCAGUAGACUGCAGUUCUAGGGAAAACUAGACAAAUGCCACAAUGCGUUGCCACUUGGUUGGUUUUCCUGCUGAUUUUCCUGACUCUCUUUUGUAAUCCAGUUUCUAAAUGUUAGUCGAUUCAGUUCCAAUCAUAACGUAAACAAAGUACAUUUUAUAUGUGUAUACACCUACAUGUAAAUUAGCACUAGAGAGAGAGACGGCAACUUCCCAUUGUUUCUUACUUUAGGAAUUCUCCUGUCUGUUGAUUCCAACUUCUGUAGUCACACCUACCUACCCCACAGCCUUACCUGAACUGCUUCCUUAUUUCUGGCCCUCUAAGCAACCUUGGGGAAAUAGGCGCAUUUCUGAAAAUAUGAGGCUUGCCUUCCACCUCUAUCUGGCUUUGUUGCACAAGAAUAUUGUGCAGUGCAUUGUGGGAAUAUCUCUCCAUCAUAUUUAAAUGUGAACAGAAAGCUCCAUAGUGGCACACCUCAGCCAUAGUACCCUUAGAUUAAAAGCAAACAAUAUCUGCAUCCCUACUAAAUCAGGGAUGACAUACACACCUGGGUGGGAUUUGAUGGCUUAUUAUUGGAUGCGAACUCACCCCUUGCGAUACAAUGGAAGGGGCUGACAAAGAACUCUGGCGCUGACAAUCGGAACCCGGCAAGUUCUACACUUUCGUCCUCUCCCCUCUGAGCCAGCAAAGAUGAAAAUCCAGGUGGCUUUCACUUUUCAUUUCCAGUUCUCUCCUAUAUUAGCAGAGGUGGGGGGAAAGCCAGAGAGGGAGGACUAAAGCAGCCUGGCAAGAACCCUGCUUCUUGAAGGAUGUGAAUUGGAGAGUCUGAGCCCAGUUAUAAGGCGGUCUGAUGACGGGCUAAGGCAAGGCUGUCACAUCCUAUAAAUAAGGCCUCCGGUGAAGAAGUCCUGGGCAUUGCAUUCACUCUCCCAUCCCUUCUGGGGGAGGGCAGAGGAUUAGCUGCCUGCCCCCCAAGCAGCUGCUUCCUCCUCCUGAUUAUCAGGCUGUUAAUUCUUUUCAGAGGAGAUGCAAAGCAGGGGGAAGAACAAAAGACAAGCCGGGGAUUUGUCAAUGAAACCUUGUAAGAAGAAGAUUGUCAAAUUAGCACAGUGUGUCCACCAGUUGUAUCAGCUGGCAUCCUUCACGUUCAUGAAAAUACUAAGCAAUUUAUAUUAAUUGCAGGCGUUUUAGAUGCGGACCUCCUGCAAAUGGUGUCCCCCCACCCCCAACCACAAGAGCAGACCUCAGCAUGGAACAAAUUGCACAUCUGAAACAAUAAUACAUUUAAAAAUAAAGCAGAACGCUAGCGUGGCAGCGUAGCUCACCAACACACGACCUUUGCCAUUCAGCACAGAUCUGCUUUCUAUUUCUGCCUCCACCUACCCUUGCUUUACAACGACUUUGGAAGCCGGGCCUAGAGCUCCUUGCCAGAUCUGGAGGGCAUCUCUGAAGAGGUUCAGAUGGAGCCCUGUUUAAGUGAUUAGUCCAUCAGUUGAUUUGGAAAUGAUUAAUUGACUAAUUGGGGAACACAGCGUAAAGCAAGGCAGACAGAAACAUGUGUGCCUUGAGGCCUUUCCAGCUAAAUUUGAAAGAAAAAAAAACCCUCUGUAUUUUAUGCCAUGAUCCAGCACCAGCGGCUCAAAUUCCAGUGUCCAGUUAGGGUUGCCAACUUUUCAACUGGCCCUUGUAGCUGUGCUUUCAGCAGUGCUGCGAUCUGCGCUAAUUGGCAGGUGGUUCCUGCAGUUCAAGCAAUAGGAACACGCCAGAUUUGCUGGGGGUUGCUUUUGCAGUUGGCAAGCCUGAUAAUCUUACUGAAAUGUAACUGGGGCACUGGGCUUGGCUUACUUUAAAAAGUGCUGUAUUACUUUUCAGGGUUGGAGGAUCAUUUGAGGAAGUUUACAGAAAGUUGUCACAGUGCUGUUUGCAACUUGUCUGGUGGUUACAGCAAGUGGGACACAUCCUUGUCCCACUUUCUUGCUGUCCCUCGAGGCCCCAUGUCACAGCAACAAUCCUAUUGGCUCAGGAGGAUUACACUUAUCACCCUUAUAAACAAUCUUUAAUCCUCACAAACCAUGUCCGCAAGGCAGGGGGAGUGAUUAUCAUCCCUGUUUUAUAGUGCCAUUUGCUGGCGCUCACACAGCAAGACGUGUGUUUUUUUAAGAAAUAAGAAGUGGAGCUGCCACAUUUCUUUAUAGGCACUGCUCCUGUGCCUUUAACAGCAGUCUGGCACACAAGACGCUAAGCAGGUGAAUCCUUUCCUUUCAUUUUAUCUCUGCACCAGGAAAGGUUUUGCUGGUUAAAGGCACAGGAGGAAGGCCAGUUUAAAGAGGGGGGGGAAACAUAAGAAAAUGCCUUAAACUGGGUGAAACCAAUUAUCUAGACCAAUAUUGUGUAUUCUGACUGGCAGCAGUUUUUGAGGUCUUUUGAGAUCACUAUCUGAUCCUUUAAGGGAAACAAAAUUGGAACUAGAGAUUUUCUGCAAAGCAUGUCCUUUGCUGUAGAGCUAUGAUCCUUUCACACACAAAAGUAUUGCCUACUGUAUUGUAUCUUCCCAACCUUUAUAUCUUCCUGUAUGCAUACAAAUGUAAUGUGUAGUCCUGAAUAAUAGUUGUGUCCGGUGUAGCUUGUCCUCAUCUUGUAGCACCUACGAAACAAAGCCCAGGAGGAGGUUGGCACUAGGUUUCCAGAUGGACUGUAAAGUUGCAUGCCAAAGCAUUUAACAGUACCAGCUGCUGAAUUUCUGCCUGCUCCAUAGCUUUUAAAGUCCUGCCAAAAGGUGGAAGCUCUAGAUAAACAAAGCACAGAGCCAAUGCAGACAGUGGACCUCUCCUGGCGUCCUUUUUACUGUGCGUUCAUGAUGGCAUCGGGGUGGUUAUACCCAGUAGUGUUUGUGCCUGCAAAAAUAUUGUGGUGCUUCGUUUCCAAUUGGUGCGUGCCCCUUAGCUUCCUGCCAACAUCCUGUAACUCUUUGUACCACAAACGUUCCAGCUUCAUUUGUUCUUUGCCCUCACUUUCGUCGCAGCACUAUAUGCUCCUCCAGAAAGCAGUCAUGCAAUAACACUGGGGGAUUAUCACAGAACGGCCGAGAAAGCAGAAGGGUGGGUGGUUCAGUCCACCACCACUUUCAUUGCACCAGUGGCAUGUCGCAGAAUACACCAGCAAAACACCACCAGUCUGGCCCUGUGAGGGCGAGGUUUCUAAGAGCAAUACUAGAGACUAGUAGCCAACCAGAGCUCUGACUUGAGGCUACAGAGCUAUUUUAUUCAUCUAGUAAGGCUCAGAGGUGAUUUUUAGGGUGAUCAGAUGCAAAGGAGGACAGGGACCUUUAACCAUUUGUAAAAGUGGGAAGCAUUUCCCCCCAGCAGGUGCAGUCUGUCUUGCGAAGGUAAGAAAAGCUGCACCUCCUGAAAUUUCCACACUUGCACAAAAGGUUCAGGAGCCCAGUCUUCCUUCCCAUCUGGCUUGUCCAAUUCCCUGAUACUACAUAUGUAUGCAGACACACCUGAAUAGGCAUCACUGAGUGAAAAUAAGAAAGGUGCAUCAUCGAUCUCCAGCUCUGCAUCCAACAUUGAUUAAGGGACUUCCAAAUUAAAGAAAGAAGCUAGAAGGAAAACUAUUACUGUCCUAAGAGGAGGCGACAUGAUCCCUGGGUGUGUUGGAAUUUAUUCAUUUCACGAACCUGCGAUACCAUUUACUGGAAUAGCUUAAAAUAUCCAUGUAAAUUGUCAAUAGCAGUUAGUGGAGGCAGACAGGAUUCCAAGGCUUGGGGAACUUGAGGUCAUACAAAAUCUUUGCCAUAUGGGACUCUGGUGCUGCGGCUGUCUCGGUUCAUACACUCGUCCCCUCCCAACCACGAAGAAAGGUAUUAUAUAAUUCAGGCGUAUUAAUAGAAUUGGGAAGGCCAAGAAGGUGAGGCCCCUGGCAACCAUGUGGGAAUUGAAUUGUUAGCCAGCAAAUUUUGUACUUCGCUAAUGCAUUUUUCGCCCCUGCCUGCAGCAUCCAGCCUUCUGAGUGUUUCUCUGACGUAAAUGGAUGCCUCUCUCCCCAGUUCCCAUCUUUGUGGAAGAGUGCCCAUUAUUAUAGUUCAACUACUUUCUCUUUCCUCUUUCCUUUUUCUUUUGCAAUCUGACUCAGGGUUCGCUUCUUCUUCUACUUCUUUUCAGCAACGUGAACUUAAGUCUGCUUCCAGACAGAUUCAGCAGGAGAUUUCCGCCUCAUUUUAGCACUGCAGUCUUGUGCUUCAUCAGAUUUGGGCAGCAAGGCUGCCCACUUCAGUGUUGCUGAUCAAAUACGUAGUGCUGCAGUAUCAAAUAUCAAUAUUAUUUUAUCAUAUUUGAUUCCUGAACUCUAUGGAUAUGAUGGAUAUGGACUCAGUAUCACUUCAUUUCAAAAGUACCAGGUCCAUGUAGAUUUAGGAGCUCAUAUACUUUAAGUGUUUUGUAGACUGCAUAUAGCAGGAGAUGAAUGACUUGGCAAAUCUGCCACUGACUUUGCAUGCUGAAUGUUAGAAACCAAAGCUUCAUGUUUCACAUCCUCUUAUCUAUCAGGGUGCAGCCAGAAAUGAAGCUUUCAGCAAGCUGAGACUGCCCCCACCCCAAGCAUCCCUCUCUAUCUUCCUUAAAGGUGUGCCAUUGCCACACAAGAAUCUCUAGUAGGCUAUAGGAUUCACAGGUUUAAAACUUGGAAAUGAGUCCUAUCAAACUACAGUGGACGCUUGGGUUGCGAACGUGAUCCAUGCGAUUCGGCGCUUCUGCACAUGCGCAAAGUGCGAUUUAGUGCUUUUGCACAUGCGUGCGCGCCGAAUCCCGGAAGUAACCCAUUCCAGUACUUCCGGCUUUCAGCGGUCCGUAACCCAAAAAAACGCAACCUGAAGCAUCUGUAACCCGAGGUAUGACUGUAAUUGGGAUGACUUUCUGAGAAAAUGCCCUGCAUAGGAUCAGAUUGUGAGGAAGAUAGGAUGGAAAAGCAUUUAAAGUUCUCUAUUUUGUUAAAAUAAUAAAAAAAUGACUUCAUGGAAGAAGAUGACCUUUUGAGGCAGAGUCCCAUGGCAUCUGGCAGGCUCAUGAUGGGGUGGGUGAGGGCAAAGGAGUGAGUUUAGCUAAAUGCCUUUUAAAAUUGUAUUUCCAGCUGCUUUGUUUAAAGUAGGUCAUUCCACUCCUCUUACAUAUUUUGCAACAAGUCUCAUGCCCAGAACUUGAAAAGUGUUUCCUGUAGUUUCCUGGAGGCAGGGAAGAUAUAAAUAUUGGUAGGCCUUUUCAUUUCAGCCCAAUUCCUAUGAACACUUGGAAAGCUUGCUUUGCCAUAUUUAGAAUUCUUUACUGCAUCUAUGGAUAAUUUAAACUUAGGUUAUGUAGGGGUUGCAGGUGCUUCCAGAAUAUUGUUAUUUUUGAGGGAGACUCUGCCACAAAUUCAGGUUGCCACAAAUAUUUGAAUGGGAGGUCUCAUGCAACAAACCCGCUUCCCUAAAAGUUUGGACUUUUUGCAAUAAGGAAAGUGAGGGAUAACACGUGCUUCGAGGCAAUGUCAUCUAACCUCCCUGCAGACAAAUCAGAACGAAUGCAUAUUAAAUAGCGAACAUUGUCUAAUCAGAAUAAAUGCUCAAUAAAUCAGGAUGAACGCUCAAUAAACAGGUCAUGUGGAAGGACCCACAGAGAUUAAAUGAAGAAGCUCUCACAGAAGAAGUAAAAACUAGAGAAAUAAGAAUUAAGUUGCAAGCAUGGAUAGUUGACCAUCGACUUUGUUCAGUAAACUUUCAUUAUUGUUUGAAGCAACUGCAGCAGCUUUAGCGCAGAUUGAUCACUCUGAAAGUGUUUUAUUUUUCAUUUUUGUUCUGAAAUGACAUGGUAUGUUGAUGGUCACUCAUCAUCUACCAUCUGAAUGCCAGAGCAUCAGGACUCGCCCCCCAGCCCUAUCCUCUUCCAUUUGUGUCUGGGCAGCUAGAUCUAGCUGCAUCCUAUCCAGCUUCAUCCUACCCUCCCAACAGCAUUAGAGCAGGGGUGGAGGAAUCUGCGGCUGCGGCUGACGGAAGUCCAACGUCGUCGGGAGAAGCAAAAGUUCCCCAUCCCUGCACUACAGACAGGAGCCUUCCAUGCAUGCAGUUGAGGGGAAGCCAUUUGCCUCAGGUGGCAGAUCCCUCCCCCUCUCUGCCUCCGCACCUGCCAUUGUGCCACUGUCAGUCCUGCUGGGGCUUCAGCUGUGCCACCAACCCAACGACUGUGCCGCUGCGCCCACUGCCCCUGUAUUGCGGUGGCAGCACAGGUACAGCUGCAGAUGAGGGUACAGUUGCAGUAAUGCAGCUGGCAGCAGUGUGGGGGCCAUGGCCGAGGCAGGGAGGGGACCAGGAUCUGUGGGUGGGGGGCGCCAUUGUGCAGAUGGGGACAGCGUUGUCGUAUUUUGCCUGCAGUGGCAACAUGUCUCAGGCCGGCCCUGACUAUGGAAAGAAGUGGAAGAAAGAGGUCCUUGGUAGAUUCACCAGCUAUUAUAGCGUGCCUGUUCACCUUUUUUUCAGUCAGCCAGGCUUUCCUCCAGGAUGCCCCAACUCCAUUCCAGUCCCCCCAAAUCCAGUUUUAUAUCGUUGCUGUUUUGUUCUUCCAUCCCCAACAGACUGUCAGCAUUUUGUGGUCGAUGAGCACGCUCGGUGCUAUUUCUUUUUUUAAAAAUUGGCCUGUAUUCCGUGCACUUUUCCACUGCUGGUUUGUGGAUAUGUGUACACACAACAACAUCAGCCUCGAUCAACAGCUCUCCUGUAGUUUCUUGAGAAAUACUGAGUUUUGAUGCUUUUCCUCUCAAACCAGCUUUGAUCCUAUUUGAAAACGUAACCGUAUGAAGGCUUCCACACACGCUCUCUGUCCACUGUUGUGAACUCACACGGUGGGCAACUUGGAAACACACACACACACAGCUAUAUACAGUGACAUGCAAAUGUGAUUUGAAAUGCAACGAGGUGGGGACGACCUGGCUGCUUUUAAAGCUGGCCUUUUUGUAUUUAUUGCAGUCCUUCCUCCGAGCAUAUACUCUCUCUUGUCCAAGCAUAUUCUAAUUCAUUACACUUCCCUUUUGGUACACCGGCACUCUCACCUGAACAUCAGCAACAGAGGGAAUGAUUGCAAAGUGACCUUAGGUUUCUGUUACUCCUUCCACAAGAGGCAACUGAAAAUAUCAUGGCCUCCCUGGACAUUCCACUGGGAAUGAAAACAAACAAAACUCUGUACUUCGGAGCUUUCUGAAUAUGCCGGUGGCCAGGCUAACUCUAAGUACAGAAACAACAAAUCCUUUCUCCGUUCCUUAUUCAAUUCCUUUCAUAAAUCGUGGCGUUACUGCUGAUUUCUCUCAAUGGAUGGUCUCGGUAGCAUUUAUCCAGGAACUCCAGGAUCAGUGACCCAUUAAAGCGCCUUUUCAAGCUCUCUGGUAGUGUGUGAUAAUUAAAUGAGCUGAAGUUCUGCACACUUCCAGUCGAUCAGACUUGUGUGGCUGCCAUUGUCAGGGGAGACUGUUGGUUUUUCCAUGAGGGGAAAUGAGAUUUCAUGAAGCUUCACUUUCCUCAAGGCUGCUGAGCCAAGGCUUUGCUGUUCAGGGUGGUUGCUGUUGCUGAAAGUGUGUGGCGUAUGGGAAGGGAGUGAAUUUGCAUAGUGCUGUUUUCCAGUAUUUUUACUCCAAUGCUGCAAGCAAACUUCAUAGUUUACCUCUACCUUUUGUGGGCUGCUCUUUCUUCUCAGUCCCAGAAAAUAUAUGCUAUGGAGCUGGUUGGCAUUAUACCCAGUUUUCCCUCCUUGUGUCCCAGUACAUACUUUAGUUAUCCACAGAUUGCUUCAGAAAGUAUAGUUUCUGAGGAUGACCGAUCCAAAAUAGAGGAGGGAGACUGAAGCAUGGGUAUGACAGAAGGGUCCAGGAAUUUUUACUUCUGCAUAUAUAGGUCUGGCAGAUGGAUUCCCCCCUACCUUGAGGUAAGUAGUUUUCUCAGGUGGUUUGAACUGGGGGAUAGAGCAAUAUGGAGGGUAUUAAAUAUAGGGGUUGAGCCAGAGAAGUGGUAGCUAAAGGGAUGCCCUCGAUAUGUUGGACUCCAACGUCCAUCAGCCCCAACCAACAUGAUCAGUAGUCAAGGAUGAUGGGAGCUGUGAUCCAGCAACAUCUGAAGAGCACCUGCAUUGGCUAUAUCUGAGGCAGCGCUUUGAGCACUACCACUUUUGGGAGGUGGGGGUGAGCAACCACCUCUAUGACUCUUAACUGGUGCCACAAUUGGUUAAUGAAUUGAUUAAUUGGUUGAAGCAGAAAUUUAAUUCCUGCCCUUUUACCUGACACCAUCAGAAUUCCAUACGGUUGGCUCAGCACGGGGCCUUUCUCUUUGGCAGUUGGGCUCAUACUAUCACCUGAAGCCACUGGGGGUGGCGCAAGGCAGCCUAGGUGGCUCUGAGGGAAACCCUGGGGCGCUUCCUCCCCAUCUGUUCCCGACCCCUCGCCAAAGACAAGCACCGCUCGGAGCAGUAAUACAAACAGCAUGACAAUUCCUCAUGAAGAUGUAUCGCUGGAGAUGCGCAAAGCGCUGUUUGGCUCUUUCCAAAUGAGAUGCAAAUUGCCGACAGCAUGUCAUUAUGCUGAUGGCAUGACAUUAGCAUAUACAAAUGAAGCAGCGGUCCUUCAGCUCCUGAUGAGUUGCCUCUUGCAAUGGUGAGGAAGCUGCAUAGCCAGCUUUACAACAAUACCCUCCUCCCUGCAGUUAGAAAUAAAGCUCUAAGAAUAGACAGUGUCCCCCUGCUCCUCGCACAUGGAGAACAACCUGUGCCCCACUGGAGAGUCCCAACAAUGAGACAGCAUUGCUCCAUCGUCUGCCUGGUGCAGAGUUUAUUUAAAUGCAACCUUUUAUGUAUGCACGCUUAAAAGAAGAGAAACUGACAGGCACAGGUGCCUCCCCCUUGCCUUGGGGCCUUUAAUUGACUUCCAGGCCUAUUGUUUACUGAGGCUCUUGUUGGAAGAUAACCCGGAACUGCAGUUUAAAACAUAAACAAAGAGCUCUAGCAAAAACCUGCUUUGAAUAGAUAAACCUCGGGUCUUUGCCUACUACAGUGGUACCUCAGGUUAAGUACUUAAUUCGUUCCAGAGGUUUGUACUUAACCUGAAACUGUUCUUAACCUGAAGCACCACUUUAGCUAAUGAGGCCUCCUGCUGCCGCCGCGCCGCCAGAGCACGAUUUCUGUUCUCAUCCUGAAGCAAAGUUCUUAACCCGAGGUACUAUUUCUGGGUUAGCAGAGUCUAUAACCUGAAGUGUAUGUAACCUGAAGCGUAUGUAACCCGAGGUACCACUGUAGUUAUAGCUUUAAUUAUGUCUACAGGAUUCCAAAGAAAUAAAGCAUCAUUCAUUGCUGUAAAGAAAGGCAGCAAACCCAAACUACAACUUAGGAAUCCUCUUGUGUUUUCAGUAUUUUGUUGGGAGCCGCCCAGAAUGGCUGGGGCAACCCAGUCAGAUGGGUGGCAAAUAAAUAAAAUCAUCAUCACCAUCAGGUGGUAACAAAGAAAACCGCUGCCCCAUAAAAUCUUGGGCUGUGCGCACACGUUUGAGUCAUAUAUGCAACAUGCUUAAUGGGUACACAAUUCAACACAGAAUUUGACAUGCUAGAGCCCCGCUGUGUGAGGAGACACCGGGCAGAACAACACACAGAGAUGUGACCGUAGGGGGAGGUUAGGGAAUGGUGAUAAAAGUGAAAAUAAAGUGAUUGCCUUGUGAUCUACUCAGGACAACUUAUCUGCCGUUCUCUGAAAUAUGCAUAGGAAACGUUUCUUGCACCUAUAAGAGAUGGCUAGAUAUGACCAGCUCGCACCUUUAAUUUUUAAAAAAAAUGUUUCUUCUGAUCUUCACAUUUCAGAAUUGAAAAAUCUGAAGUGGAAUUAUUUUCAAGAUGCAACUAGAUUUCUGUGUGAUGAGCAUUUUUGGCCCAGCUCAGUUUUCUUUCUGUGUGAUUAUAGAUUGCAUGCAAAACUAAAGCAUUAAACAGCUCACAAGGGAAACAGAUAAAUCUCUGGCUGGAAGGAAGGCAAAAUCAGAAUAACGUAGGGUAAUCAAAAUAGCAUUUGCUUCUUCCUAAUAUGGAAGUGAACCCUUAAUUCAAGGAGAAAGGAAUAUUCUUCAGAAAACAAUAGCUUGAUCUUUUGCGUUUUGCUUGGGAAUAAGCCUCACUGUUAUGUAGUCUUUCCUCCUAUGUCAGCAUAAAAUUGUGGACCUAGCUCUUUCUUUGUUCUGACUUUCUCUCUCUCUUUCUUCUGUAGCAGAUGAACAGUUCUCCUUUAAAUAUAGUCCUGGAAAACUGAGAGGAAACCAGUAUAAAACCAUGAUGACCAAAGAAGAACUUGAAGAAGAACAAAGGUAAGCUGAGCAUCCUUUUAAAUUCAGCAGAUCAGCCGGGGAUUGGAACCCAUCUUCUUCUGGUUACAAGUUGUAACUCGGAAUUAUUUGGCUACUGCAUUUUAUCCAUUCUCAAAAGACUAAGGCAUUCAGGUCUAUUUGCACCUGCUGCUUCCCUGGGAAUUAAAGUCCGACUAACGGUAAUGUGGUAUUCCCAUUUUGAAAGAUGCUGCCCACUUCCUUGGAAACAGCUCUGCUGGCAAGGAAUGGCUCUAGCCUCCUAUUUCAAGGAGAGAUCUCGAGGUUCUCCAAGCAAUGAAUAGCCAGCAUUUCUCAGAGGAACAAGAUAUACUGUGGGCAUCCUGUUGUGGUUGCCCUCAGGCUCAGACAAGUUCAGUUUAAAUCACUUUCCAAAGAGGUUUUCUUUUCUUUUUAGUUCUUUGAGUUUAGCCACCCAGUAUGGUAGGGAUCAUGUAAAUAGACGCCAUUUCUGGCCUUCCAUUACUUUCUCAUUCUGUGCAUUAAGACCUCUUGUCAACCAGGGAGCAGAUGGCCAGUGGGAUUAACUAUACAUAUUUCCACUAAUACCCCUGGGAAUGGUGCUUUACCAGACUUCCACAACCUGGUGCCCUCCAGAUGUUUGGGCAACUCCCACCAGCAGCUGCAUCAGUGGGGUUGAUAGAAUUUGUAGCCCAAAGGCUGUACUGCAUCAAAAUGUAGCAUCGUUCCUAUUAAGUAGUGGGUUGACAAAGCAGACGACAGAGAGAUUUCUCCAAGUGGUUCUUUAUAGUAAGCUGGAACUGAACUGAACUGAACUGAACAGCUCAGCCGGCCUGCUUUUAUAGGCAGCCAGCUGUCAACAUUGUAACAACAACAGCCCAGGGUUUCCCACCUAAAUUAACUGACGUGGACCUGAGUGAAAACUAUAUACACAAUACCCCUGGUGGCCAGGGUGAGAAUUUCAAUACAUAGCAGUUCCCAUUCAGGAAGGCUGAGCUGCCACUGCUCAUUACAUGUCUGCCACCACUUGAUACCUUCUGCCAUCUCAUAUCUAGCAUGAUAAGCUACCGCCACCCCCACAAAAAAUAUAAGUUCCCCCCAGUACUGAAGAUUAUAAAAUCAAGUCCCAAAAAGGGUCUUGGCUGAAUACUUCAUCCAACCCUAGCACUGGAAGAUGUCCAGCAUGAGCCUAAGCACGUUUACUCAGAAGUGUGCUCCACUGACUAUAGCGGAGCUUACUCUCUUGUAUGUGCAUUUAGGAUUGCAGCUAUACAGGAACAGCUGCCUAGGUCCAGUUGGGAGAUGGCAUCACCAGCAUCGUUAUUAUGUUUUACAUGCCAAAGCAGGUGGUGGAGAAGAACCUUUAGCCCUCCAGAUGCUGCUGAACUACAUCUCCCAUCAUCCCUGGCCAUUGGCCAUGCUUGCUGGGGCUGAUGGGAAUUGUGGUUCAACAACAUUGGUGGGGGCAAGGGUUCCUCCCACCUGUGCCAAAGAGUUCUUGUGACACUGCCUUUCUUGUUAAAAUAAAAAUUUAAAGGCAGUUUAAACCUAAAUAAAAUAAGUAAGAAAAUAAUGGAAUAUAGCAAAAAAAAAUUACAAAGCUUUCCUUCUUGUGCUAAUGGCUUAGCGAUUCCCUCUCGUGUUGUUGCUUUAUGACGUGGUCAGCAAAGUUUGCUUUGCCUUUUCCUCCCUUUUUUGUGUCUGUUUGGUCAGAGCUGUGUAAAAACGAGCUUACUAAUGGAGACCUGAAGUCUGACUAGGAAUGGGUCGCAAGCUCGCAAGCCUAAAUAUUUAAUUGGCAUUUCCAUAAAUCCUGGACCUGUCUUUAUAUACAUACUCAAACACACAUACAGAUAAUAAUUCAUUAUUUUUGAGCACUUACUUUGCUCUGCAGUCACACUUAGUUCCAAUAAAGGCAGGGACUACAGACUGCUAUUAUUUAAAAUAGCAGAAUGACACCCUGCUUCUUCAGUUGGAACUCAGUUCAUAUAAUUCUCUUAUGGUUCCACAAGGCUCUGCAAAGAACAUCGUGAUGGAGAAAGGAAGCCAGUUCUGGAACUGAAAUUUAUGUUUGUAAAGAUGUUAACCUGCAAUCCUAGACAUGUUUACUCAGAAGCAGAUCUCAUUGUUUUCAGCUGAGCUUAAUCCCGGGUAAGUGUGUAUAGGGUUGCAGUUUAAACAAUCCAGAUCUGCUUUCUCCAGUGGAAAUCCACUUGUGAGGAAAUCACUGCAUAUAGGCUAAUUGGAGCUGCUGAUUCCAGCUGAACACAAGUCAGUCCAGUAGAAGUGCUUCUGCUUGCUUCAGUUGUAGAUUGCGACCACCACAUAGUGUGACCAAAUGCAACAGGACAGGAGUCCUUUAUGUAGAAUAGCUGUGUAGCAGAAGGAAUUUCAGCAUGCACAGCUUUUCAUGCAAUGGUAGUUAGCACAGCAAGGUGCCUAUAUUUGGCCUAUGUAUCAGUUCAAUUCAUAGAGGGACGCGGGUGGCGCUGUGGUCUAAACCACUGAGCCUCUUGGGCUUGCCGAUCAGAAGGUCGGCGGUUCGAAUCCCCGCAACGGGGUGAGCUCCCUUUGCUCGGUCCCAGCUCCUGCCAACCUAGCAGUUUGAAAGCUUGCCAAAAAUGCAAGUAGAUUAAUAGGUACUGCUCCGACGGGAAGGUAAACGGCAUUUCUGUGCGCUGCUCUGGUUUCGCCAGAAGUGGCUCAGUCAUGCUGGCCACAUGACCCAGAAAAACUGUCUGUGGACAAACGCCUGUAAAGCGAGAUGAGCGCCACAACCCCAGAGUCGUCUGUGACUGGACUUAACUGUCAGGGGUCCUUUACCUUUACCUUUAUUAAUCAAUUCAUAACAGACGAGAGCUUUAUCGUCUAGUAGUUCAUGCACCUAUCCUGUCCCCAAAAGCUGAUCUGAGUGGUGUAAAUGAGCAAGCAAAACAAAUGAACUACCAGGCCAGUACACAGAUGUGAACUGUUGAGGGGGUCAUAGGAUGCCUUGCGGCAUUGUUUGCCAGGUGAGUAAUCAGGUCAGGAAGCCAAAUGCUCAAGGGAACUGAAUAUGAAUUUAAAGCUUUCAAAAUGUGUGCACCAGGCGCAAAUAUCUAGCUUCUUUUGGUAAGAGAUGGUGUUCACCUAACAGCAACAUUCCAUGCUCAUCAGGCAUAUCGCUGGAAGAAGACAAUUCUUUACAGCCCUCAGUGAAGUAGCAUUGAAUGUACCCAUUAGCUGGGUAGGGUGCUAUAGGAGUGCUACCUGUUACAUUCAUACAUACUACUGUGGGUACAGAAAGGCCCUGGAGUUCUCCUACUCUUAGAAAUGGUCUACUAUAUCAAAUGUCCUUCAGAGAAGCCUCUAUUCAUUGGUGUGGUUUGAUGCUUUUAACUGGAUGUAGUUAGAAAUGAGUUUCUUUAGAAAGAAGAUCUUUAUGUAAUCUGGGCAGUUAAGUUAAAAUCAAGCCACAAAAGAAUCAAACUUGUGGUCUCCAAUAGCUGCGAUCCAUCCUUGAGAAGUCCCAACUCAUUUUGAUGCAAGCUUUGCUGUAAGGUUAUCUUCUGCCUCAGUCCUAAACAUAUUUUUUUGGGGAAGAAAUUAUUUAAGCCGUUUUGGAGCAGUCUUUCGUUUAUUUAUUUAUUAGAACUAUUUAUAUCCUGCCCUUCCACUGUAAGUCUCAGCGCUCAGAGCUGCUUGCAUUUUUGCAUUCAUGACAUGCAGAAAUACAGAAAGUGCAAGUCAGAGGCACCUCUGUCCUCAUGCAUAUCUUUAACAGACAAAAUGUAAACUUGCACAUUUCCAGGGAAUCAAACUUGCUGUGCUUACAUGUAGGAACAUAAUGUCCUUUCCUUCCUCUGUUGGUAAUAAUUCAAGUACCUGUUAGGCUCUCAUUCGUACCAGGCUUUCUCUACCUCUUCCAUUAAUACCAAAAUGAAAGAUCCAGCUGUUUAGCUAGCUUUUCAAUGAUGCAUCAGCAGGUAAAAGAGGCUCCAGGUGGCUAAUGUAUUGCUCUACUGACUUUGUAAUCCCAUUGCUCUAUUGACCUUGCAUUGCUGACUGACAUUUUGCUGGGGAGAGAUAGAUAGAGAAAUAAUUUAAAUAGAAAUACAAUACUUCUCACCAGAGUCUGGGAUGGCCCUUGAUGGGCAACUUCAAAGUUACUGCACUCCCUUGUUUUGGUUCUUUACCUUUAAACCAGAUUUGGACCAGACAGCCACCUUCAAACAGAGGACCAUCCUCUGUGAAGUGGGACACAUGGCCACCCCAUAUACCACAUAUGAUCCAGAGCCUGUAUGAUGUGCAGGUCUGCUUUAAAGACCACAGUCAUUCAUUGGGUAGAUCAAGGAUAGAGAACCCUAUGGCCCUUCCAGUCCUGUUGGAUUCCCAACCCCAGUCAUCACUGGUCCUGCUGUCGGGGGCUGGUGAGUCCGACAACCUCUGGAGGGCCAUAAUCUCCCCAUCCCUGCAGGUGCUAAUUUAACCAAAAAUGCACGAGGACUGAUGUAAGAACAACCAGGUGAGAUUCUCUUGCCUCCGUCACGGAGGUGGUUCAGUGACUGUUCCUCCGACCUUCCAUUUAACAGGAAGGCAAGCAGUUCUACGGGACAACUUUUUCAUAAGGGCUGAGCAUGUGCUCUGACACCUCUCCCUGUCCUGGAUUGCAAUGUCGGUGUUACAAGCGGUGGUUUGCUUCCUGGCUGACAGCAUUUUCUCCUGUGCCAUGCAUUUCCGUUCCAGAAUUCACCUGGGCUGGGAUCCUUGAUGCUUGCUGCCUCUGUGCAGAGCCCUUCGCAAACCCCUCUCCAGCCUCCUGCACUAAUUGGCGUUGGCAGAUUGUCGCAUUUCUUCUAACGGAUUCUCUGUUUCUUGUCAAUGUGCCAUAUUUUUGUGUGUCUGUGUUUUUUGUUUUCCCCAAGCUCUGGUUUUGUUUCUUUUCUUCUUCCCCCGUCCUUGCCCCACCUCUGAGUGCUGGCUGUGGCAUCAGCAAUUUCUCAUUUCAGGCUUCUUCAAACAAUCCUUCUUUCUAGCUGGUUUGUUGGGGCAGGGCUGCCCUCAGGUAAGGAGAUGCACUGAAUCAGAUGAGGGAAGCCAUGCCACCCAGUCCUUCCCCCCACCCCCAAAUCCCUUGCGUGCAAACACAACUGCCUUACCCCUCAGCCCCACCCCAGUCAGGGACUGCCUGACAGUGCUGCCAUGUUGAUGUGACCCAGGUUUGCUGCGUUUAUAUUACAGGAUUGAGCUGACCUCUGACCUCACAUCCCUGUAGCAAGUACCUUAGGUCCUCGGCCACAAACAUUCUUACAAAUCUUUUUGGUAAGGAGACGAUGCUUCUUAGAAUUAGUGGUACCACCUAUAACCUCUGCUAAUGUGAUCUGAAACUAAAGUUGACCAUGUUCCCCCCCCCCCGUCCCCGCACCUCCCACUUCCCCCCUCCCUCCUCAUAACUAAUGAAUUAGUCUCCUUCCCCUCUGUGCCCCAUUUCAUUUACCAUGAGCACCACAAAUCAAUAUGGUGGAACAGGAUACACCGGCUUUUCCCUAAUGGGACAUUCACUGGCCUUUAUUUUCCAUUCUGCGAGUUGUCCCUCCUAGGCAGCAGCCAGAAUUAAAAAUAACAAGAGUGGGCUGCAGGGGUUCCAUGUAGGAUUCUUCUGUCAGAUCUCCGAAUCCACAUUCUGACUUCACCCGAGUCCAGCAAAGUUGCCUCCCAAAUUUUAAAAUGAACAUUUACGUCAAAUUGCUAUAGGCUGGACAGAACUUCUUUCCAUUCAGGUUGAGUUUCUGUUUGUAGUAAUAUUGCCGUCUUUUCUGCCCAAAGGAACUGUCCACCCAAAAUGAAAGGCAUGCAGCAGAAUGAUAUUACAGCCGUACCUCGGAAGUCAAAUGUCUUGCAAGGCAAACGUUUUGGCUCCCGAACACCGCAAACCCGGAAGUCAGUGUUCCGGUUUGUGAACAUUCUUUGGAACCCGAACAUCUGAUGCGGUUUGCGCGGCUUCCGAUUGGCUUCCGAUUGGCCUUGGUUUCCCAACAUUUUGGAAGUCAAACAGACUUCCAGAAUGGAUUCCGUUUGACUUCUGAGGUGCAGCUGUAUCAGGGGCUGAGAUACAGUCGUUUGCCUAAGGCCAUUUUCUAGUCCAGAACUUGUGGUCUUUAACUACCAUAGCACCCCCAAAGCUAUGCACAUGCUGAAAUCUCUCUCAGUGACAUCAGUGGGGUUUUAUGGUGCUUACUGGAUUGGGCCCUGGGUUUUCAAUAUUGGAAGGUGUUUGCAUUAUAGGACACACUGACCCCAGUCCACUAAUAUCCUUUGCCACAGUUUUGCUGUGUUGUUUACAAUCUAAUGCUUGCAAUUUUGGCUUAAACCAGCCUUUCCCAACUUGGUGCCCUCUAGGUGUUUUGGACUACAACUCCCAUCAGCCUGAAUCAGCAAAGCCAGUGGUCAGGGAUCAUAGGAAGUGUAGUCCAGAACCUCUGGAGGGCACCAUGUUGGGGACAGCUGCCUUAUGUAUGACACAACGCAACAACUACAUAUAGGGCUUAGCUUGCUGUGCAGUCAUGAAAAUAAGAGGGUAGUUAUUAAAGGGACCAUUUGCCCAACAGCUCCAGAAAUUCUCAUACUGAAGAACAAGCUUUUCUGAAAAUCAUUAUUGUUUAGCAUUCAUAUAGUACUUCCCAAGUGUUCAGAAACAUGCAUUAUCUCAACAAUCCUUGAAACAGCCCAGUAAGGAAGAUCAAUAGUAUUCUUGAGAUGCAGAGUGGAGAUGAGAGAAUGGUUUGCCUUUUGAGUCUAUGGUAGAAAUGAGACGUGAACCUAGCCACUCAGCUACAGCAGCUCUGGCUUGCUUCUCUGCCUUUAACAUAGGUUUGACAUCAGCAAGUGAAGCUUUUCAUGUCAUGGAGCUAAUCAUUAUCCACUGCUAAUUGCUCCACAUAAAACUGCUGUUCAAGGGGCAACUAUCUGGGCCAAUUCAAAAUCUGGCAACAGGGAGAAAAUUCAAGGGGUGUCCUGGUCAUGUCAGCUUUCUGAUUGCAAACAACUUUAAUCAUUAAAGCACAACUGGAAAAUUCAACACUUCACAUGUAAGGGAUGCGUUUGGAACUCGUUCAAGUCAGAGGCCAAGGAAAUAGGCAGGAACAGCAAAGCUUGAAGACUAUGGAUUAUGAUCAUGCCAAGGUUUAGUCAGCCAGGACAUCAAGGCAAGGUUAAAGCUUCCAAGAUUGCAGCGCAAACAGGGAAAGAUACAGCCCCAGGAGCAGAGAGUAAGAACCGAAGAUGAAGGGCAAGCUAUGACAUAGGAUCCAGCAGGAGUCAAGAGCAGUGACAAGCCAAAUAGUAGGAUUACAGAAGAAGCAAAAAAUAGAGGUCUGCAAGGAAUCCAGCUGCACUGCAUAGGCUCUGCCUGCCUGGCUCCUCAAUACUUUUUGUCCUCUUGGAUUAGCUCCGUUUCAUAACUUGUCUUGGUAGCUGAGGAUCCGCAUCGGUGUCCAGUGCCAAUCCAAGGGCCCCUUGGGGGCAAGAUGCUCUCCUUGGGCUCCCUUCCCUAAGCACACCCAUCCCUUUCUCCCUCGCCAUUGUUGCCACAAUGUGCCUUUCCUUUGAGGCCCAACAGGCAACCCUGCCCAAGAGAAUGAGUGCAAGGCAUUGCUGCCCCUUCUUCUUGCUUACUCCAAGAAGGCAGGUGAACAGGCAGCAAGAAGAGGCAGCAGCCGGGGAUUGGAAGCAAGCCUCCUGCUGGGGCAUGGGCUUCAGCAAGCGCCCUUGAUGCCAGCCUUCUCAGUGUUGCAGAUACCCCAGUGAAAAUCUAUGAAGAUGCCCUGCAGUAAGUGACUAGGGUCUGGGUUGUGGCCAAAACCUACAGUCCAGAAGCUGCUUCAAGUGGCAAACUUGCACUUCCACUUAGUUAGUAGCCCCUUUGGCAUCAAGGGAACAAACCAGCCUGGAAAUGCUCAUGAUUUCAAAUGGGUUCCACAUUCUAUAUUUACAUAUAAAGCAUUACCUUUCCUCCUCUUAUGCACUUCCACCCACCUGCCUAUCAGGAAGUCUAAAGGAUGCAUUUUAGAAACAGCCUCAGCAAGUGAUUUGUGAAUUAUACUUUAUGGAUCUCUGGUCAUAUUAGGAUUUAAUCCUGAAGGGUGGAACAAUUCAAAGCAGGAUAUGAUUCUGGAUUCGGUCCUUUACAGUCUUCUAGUUAUGACGCUUCAUUUUUACUGUUUCCCCGGGAAGACAGUGUGAGAUUCCUGGUGUUGGGGCGCCCUCUGUAGAUCUUGGGAAGCCUCUCUGCAAAACCCCUUCUCCUGUUUUGUAUUAUAGUGGCAUAUCCACACCAGAUUAGAACUGGUUUCUCAACCAGUCCCUCUUCCCAGGGAAACCUUGGCAUUGUAGCUUGAGGGUGGUGGUGAUAGUAGAUGUGGUGGGGACCUUUCAUAGAAUUCUCCUCACCAUGUCUCCAUACUACAAUUCCAAGCAUUCUUUGAGGAAGCCUAGGCAGUUAACAAGGUAUAAACCAACAUAACUUGUUCAGUGUAGUUAAGCAAGGGUCUAGAAACACAGGUUUUCUUGGUCACCAGAGCAGACUUGUUGAAAUUAAUGACCAUGACUUACUAAGUUCCACUAAUUUCAGCAGGUCUGCUCUGGGCGGGAUCUGGGCUGAUACAACCCACAAUAUCUUCUUGUCAUUCCAUAGAUGAGAGAAACAGAGAAUGGGGGUAUGAGCCUAAGCCUAAGAACAAGAAGGUCUGCGGAUGGCCCCUGUGAAAUUUCCAUUUUGAGGUGAAUGUCUGUGUGCACAUUCUUGACACAGUUUUAGGGUCAGCCAGAGGCAAAGGACAACAUUCAAGUGUCCCGUGAGUUUUGAAAGAGCAAUAAAGGUCAGGAUGCUUUCUGAAUGUCACCCCUCCUGGGAAAUAUCAACAAAGUGCCAUUCUGAUGUAACCACCAUUUGAUAGCAUCAGGUGCUGUUGUUUCCAGGUACAGACAACCCCAAAGCAGUUUCUGACGGCCAGACUUAGACAUCAUGGGAAACGUGCAGCUGCCAAUGAAAUCAGCAGCUCUGCAUCUAGCUCCACUUCUCUUUCUCUAAUGUGUAGUAGAACGUAUCUUGUGUUGUGACAUCAUGAUCUCAUGUUUUCCUACCUCCCAAUUAUGCAGCUUGGAGAAUGAAUAUGAUUUUGGCAUUGCAGAUUGCAGCCAGUAUACGUUCUACUAGACAUUGUGGCAGUGGGCAGUGGGGAGCUAGAUGCAUGGUGGCUGUGUUUACUAUCACCAACAGCUGUGUGCUUGCCCUAGUUUAACUCCAAGUGAAGAAGAGGAGAAUGGAGGGGAUGCAGCCCUCCUGCUUGACCUGCCCUUCAUUUAAGAUACAGUGGCCAAAGCUUGCAGCAGAUUUGUGCACAACACUCCGAAACUCACAAUUCAUACAACAGGAAGAACUCUCAACUUUGGAUCUAAAUGUUAGUGCACCACAACUUCUUGGUGAAAUCCCACAGGGUAGGGCAAGAAUUUCCCAUUUGGGGUCUGCUUGUGUCCUGUUUUUAAGGACAACAUACAAGUUUGUCUUUCUAGUCACAGAGCAUCACUGUUGCAUCACUUCAGACUGCACAAACACGUCAUCAUAAGACAGCUCCUCCGAAUAUGCCAAAAGAAAGAAGCGAUUGCAGAGAAUCAAUCAUAGCAGCUAAGGCGCUUUUGCCAACUCCCCCUUCCACAAACACAGCUAGGCCUUCCGAGGGGUAGGGAAUACAUUGGAGCAGGUGCCCUUUUGGCCUCUGCCAAUCCUGCUCGCCAGUGCAUGCUUUCCCCCCUCUGCUUGCUCCUCCUGUGAUAUCUGCUUGCUGAUUCCUUGUGUGUGUAGCCUUGGGAUGGUAAAUACCUUCUCUUCCUGUUGUCAUUUGCCCUUUCGCUGCUUGCCUUGUCCUUCUCCUCCCACUCCUUGAUCAGCAGCUUUGCUUUCCUGUCCAGCAUGGUGCUUCUUUGGGAUAAGAGAGGCUGGUAAGUUUCUGUUCCUUUUUUUGCUUUUCAUCUUUUGCAGCACGGUAAGAGCACUCACCGGUGGGGAAGAAGAAGCAGGAAUCUUGAGACCCAAGGCAGUGGGGGCUUACUGCAGUCAGCAUAGCUAUUUCUCUAGAAACUAUAACCAUUCAUAUAAGGGGAAAUCAUGAGAGUACACACACUGAAAUUAAUGUAGGUGCUUCAAUUUCAACGGAUCUCCUCUGAGUAUAAUUUAAUUGGAAUAAAACUCAUGGUAUUUAUUAGCUAGUGGGCCAAAAUUUCUCUUCUUUCUGAACGUGUUAGGAAGGCAUAGAGAAAACAGAGGGGCAGUGGGAAUGCUGCUUUGAGCUUUUGAAAUUUUCCAUUUUUGCUCAGCUUCUAGUUCUCCCCAGGUCUUUUUGUUCUUUAUCUGUGCCCCACCUGGCAAUCGUUCACAAAAUUUCCUUCUCAUAUCUUCUGUGUUGUACUGAUCCUUUUCCAGGCAGUUGAUGUCAUUCCCCAUCUGCUAACUUAUGAGUGUUUUGCUGUGUCAACAAGCGAUAGGGAAGGAGAUGAAUGGAUUAGGAAGCUGCAGAAAAAUACUGAAUGGGAGAACUGGGAGCCAUCAAGGGACUAUGAUCUCAUAUUCCUCUCCCUACUUGUACAAUAUUUUGGAUCUAUGCCAUGCAAAGUUAGCUAACAUUACAUCAGAUGAAUUGCUUGCAUAGCGACACAUUAGCUAAUGCAGUUCCUGAUGUUUGUAAUAAAAUCUAAGUACCGUAUUUUUCGCACCAUAGGUCGCACUUUUUCUCUCCUAAAAAGCAAGGGAAAAUGUGUGUGCGUCCUAUGGAGCGAAUGCAGGGGGGAGGCAGUCGGGAAAAGCCCCCAAGAGCCGCACACAAGCUCUGUGCGCUCUUGCGGGCUUUUCCCCAGGAGGGAGAAGGGACUGACUGGCCACAUCAGUUGCUUCUCCCACCUCCCAGAAAAGCCAGGAGAAGCCGCAAUCUCUUUAAAGGGGUUGUGCGGCUUCUGCAGGCUUUUGCGAGAGGCGAGGGAAUCCCUCCACCUCCCAGGAAAGCCAGAAGAAGCCGUGCAGCCCUUUUAAAGUAUGCGUGGCUUCUGCCGGUUUUGCGAAAGGUGAGGGAAUCCCCCCACCUCCCAGAAAAGCCAGGAAAGCCCUGCGCAGUGUCUCCCGGCAAGGAGAGGCUGCGCGGGGCUAUGGAUUCUUUAGCCGGGAGGGAGAGGAUGCACGGGGCUAAAGGGGAAGCCAAAACAGCGAGCAAGAUCCAUCCCGCCCCCUGCCUUGGCUUGCUCCAUAGCUGCGCUCAACCCCUCCGGCAGGGAGAGGUUGUGCACAGCCUGUACGCUGCUCUUUGGGGCUGGGGGGGAAAUAUUUUUUUUCUUGAUUUCCCCCCCUAAAAACUGGGUGCGCUCUAUGGUCUGGUGCGCCCUAUGGUGCGAAAAAUACGGGUAUAUUGGCUUGAAUGGGUAGAUUGGGCUGUUAGUGAAUUGUCCAGAAAUGAGCAUUUUGGGGUGAUCAUGGUCAAAAUAAGAUUGUUUUCUGCAUUCCCUAAAAGUGUGGUAUGUAGGUACCCUCCUUUCCCUAUGCAUGGAGAAGAUGCAUCAAGAAUUUCAUAGAACAACUGAAUGCCAUUUUGUUUCCCUAAAACACUAAAGUCAGUGACUGUCCACAAAGCUGGAAUCGGAAAGCAUGUGGAACUCUCUUUUGCAUGAUGCUGCUUAUAUUGCCAAGCCAACUGAUGCUGACAUUAAUGUUUCUCUUAAGAUUGGGAUGAACUGUUUCAGUUGAUAUAAUAAUAAUAAUAAUAAUAAUAAUAAUAAUAAUAAUAAUAAUAAUUUAUUAUUUAUACCCCGCCCAUCUGGCUGGGUUUCCCCAGCCACUCUGGGCGGCUUCCAACAAAACAAAAUAAACAAAAUAAAAUGCCUUAUAUAAAUGUAUAUGGCAUCAAGAGGACUGUUGUGUGGUCCAACAGCUCAAAAAUACUUGACAUAACACACCGAGGCCAUUAAGUCUGUUGAUCCCAAAGCUACUUUGGGAAAAAGACCAUUUCUGAAGAGUGUAAUGGCAUUCAAAUGCUGUCUGCCUGUUUCCUAAGCCAUUAAGCUCCUUUGACCCAAAUGAGGUAAAAGUGGUUUAAGGGCAGGCACACCAGUUCUUUAAUCAUGUUGACUGCAACCUAGUGGAGCUAUUUCACAAUCAUUUCCAUUGCCAGUGGCGUAGCGUGGGUUGUCAGCACCCGGGGCAAGGCAAGUAAUUUGCGCCCCCUAACCCAUGGAUUUUAGCAGGGGCAGAGAGCUGCGAGUGCGAGCGCACCCCCCCAGAUGUUGCGCCCAGUGCGGUCACCCCCCCUGCACCCCCCACGCUACGCCACUGUCCAUUGCUUUAGCCUCAUUAACUUCAGUAAGUCAACAUCAGUAUAAAUGAUAUUGGAUUCAUACACUUUGCUUCUUUUUCUUUUAUUCAAUCUAUAAAAGGGGAACAAUAAACAACUGAGUGUGACUGAACUAUGCUGCCCUUUGUAGAUUAUUAAGAUAUUAUUUCCAGCAUAAAGAAGAUUAUAGCCUGUAUCUUUUUAUACUGGACAAUUGGGUGUAAACUCAUUUUGUCUGAUAUAUAAGACAUGGGUGAGUAUACCUCUUGUCCACUGCUGUCUAUGAUAAAUGGUUACCAGUACCCAUAGUGCCUCAACAGCAAACCUUAGCAAGCACAUGCUCUCAAAAUAUUUAUGAACCGAGUCAGUCUUUGAUUUUUAUGAAAAAUGUAUGCAGUUGGGUGGGGGGGAUAAGGAAAUGAUGCUGGGAUGUGCAUAUUUUUAGGAAAGGGUUGCCAGCAGAAAUGAGAUUGGUUAAAGCUAUGCACUGCAGUAAUUCCCUCCGUUGCAAGCUCCAGUUUCCUGGGUCAGUAAAAACUGCUUCUGUCAACCGUGGAAAGGCUAACGCAAAUCUGUAAUGUGUGAGAAGCAAUGUAUGGUCUGCCUGAAUCUGUUUGUAGACCUAUAUUAUGAAACAUGUUAUUUGGCCAAGUGACCCACUUUUCUUGGGAUAUCCAAAGGGGGAAAUGUUUGAGGUGGGACACUGAGACAUACUAAUUUGGUUUUACAUGGAUCCUUGCAUGUUUUCAGUUUGCAGGGCUAGAACCUGGAAUAUGCCUGGCACAAAAUAAGAGGUUUCUAGAUACAGUGCUCACUUUCUUGGGCAUAGACUACCCUGCUGCAAAUGAUGAAGCAAAUGCCUUAAGCCUUGAGGCACCCCUUCUGCUAAUCACUGUGUGUGUGUGCCUGGGUGGUUCAGAAACUUUCCUUCAAACUCCCUCCCUAAACUCGGUUCUUUUCCUCCACUUAUCUCAGAAAGUAGUAGUAGGAAAGCAACCCACAGAAAGCGACCUGACUGAAAUGUAUCCUCUUUAUUUUUCUUCUUGUUUCCCUUGCAGAACUGAAGACUAUAUGAAGUUAUCCCUAAACUCUUCCUAAGGCUUUCCCUUUGGCAUCUUUAAAGGCUUGAGAAACAAACCAACCCCAAACCAACCUGAUACGCAUACAUAACCGAAAAAUAAAUAACCCCUCAAAAUACGGGACUUUCUCUUUGGCUGAACGAAGCCGAGUUCCUCAGAAUAAAUCUUUGUAAUAUUGAGACCGGAAAGGAUCUGUGUGGCUUGAUCCCAAGAAUUAAGUGGGAUAGAGAAAGUUACAGAAGUUACAUUUUGAGGGUGCUGUUCUUGGAUGUCAAAGUAAAACUCAUGAAUGCACUUUGUUGUGACAACCACUCCAUAUCUGCUGUAUCCAAAAGAAAAACCCGAGAUAUUCCGUUUAGAUAGCAUGGACAAAGGUUACCCAUUGCAUCAGCCAGUCCAGAGAUACAAUAUCAAACUAUUUGGUCCCUUUCCACCCCUCUACCUGGGACCAAAAACUUCCUUUAUAUCCUUGAAGACAAUGCAUUGAGAUAUAAAGCAUUGUGAUGGUUUGUGGAUGGUGGAAGGAUGUAGACUUUAGUGUAGCCUGUCUUGCUUCAUAGCCUUUUGAAGACGAAGCAGUCCUCCAUCUUAGGUAGAAUGAAUCCUGAGAGAUAAGAAUGCACUCCUAGGCCUGUGUACUCAGAAGUAAGUCCCACUGAGUUCAAUGGGGCUUACUCCCAGCAAAAUGGAUAUACAGGAUUGCCGCCUUAGUGUAAUAGUUCAUGACUGAUUUUCAUCCUGAGGUCUGAGCACCAUUAAUGCUCGAUAGCCAAUGCUUCUGUUUAGUUAGCGGUUGCUUCCUGUCCCCAAUAACAGAGUUAGAAAACGUAAUCCAUGAAAUGUAAGGCAACUCUUGAAAUAUUAAUUAUAGACUUAACCUCAAAGAUCCUUGUUUUCUUUUCUCCCUGACACCACACUGUUACAUCUUUUUUGAACUUCUCUGUUCUUUACUUCCCUGAAAGAUUUAUCCGAUCAUUAACCCAUACAGAAAAUAACAUCUGAUGGGCCUUAGUGGCUAGAAACCAUCAAUUACUAUAAGCCCACACCGGUUUUAUAAGUCUUUUCCUCCACAAAGGUAGUAUUUCAGGACAAUACUGAUGUCACUUCCUGUUUUGCAGAAUUACCAUUUUAGGCUGGAAUUUCCUCCCAAUACUCCUGCUUUUUCUUCAUGUUUUGAGGGCAGACUGAUUCGAUGCUUAAUAAUAUAUCAAACCCAAGCUGCUUUUAAAAAUGAUAACUUAUGCAGACAAUACUUGAAAUUGUUUAGUCAAUCAUUCUUUGGGGCACCUAGGUUUGGGGCAGAUGUUUUCCCCCCCUAGCAUAACUUUUUCAAGGGCUUAUUUAGGAAACAGUGGGAAGUUUGGCUUUUCUUUCUUUUUUUUAAGUCUAAGCUUCUGCUUCUGUAUGUUUUCACUAGCAAUACAGUUUGCAAUUGAAUCCUAUUUAUAUAUACAAAUAUGUAUAAGGACACUCGGCUUUGAAAAAACUGUUAGCAACCAUUCUGCCUCCAACUCACAUUGACAGAUGCAGUGUUCCAAACAGCAUUAACUAUGCAAAGAAUGCCUUAUAUACAAUAUAACGUCUCAGUAUACAGCAAUACGUCUAUUGUACAAGGAAUAUUACUAGUGGCAGCGAGCAAAGCUAUCUCCUCAAUAGUGACAAAACUGGCUGUCUGGGUAUUUUUUACAUUUUUUUUUUCUAAAUGUGAAGGUGGAUCUUAUAUACAUAGGACUGUAAUUUCUAGUGGCUUAAAAUGUAUAAUGCCAUUAUUCAGUCCAAUAAACCUUUAAAUAGUUU